UAAUGGAUCUAUCAUAACUCCAUGGAUGUUUCAGUGGACCUUAGACUUCCAUAUUAGCUUAAAAUUGACAUAGGGGGCAUAUUCGAGAGAACAUAUUAAGCUAAAUCAGAAAAUACUCAGUAUUGAAAUGAUAAUAUAUCUUUCACUCAACGCUUGGUGUUGCCAAGAUUGGAUUGGAAUUUUUUUUAAAUUUUAAUUUAUUUAUUUAUUUAGUUAUUUAUUUCUUUAUUUAGUUAUUUAUUUAUUUAUUUAUUUAUUUAUUUAUCAGAUAAUUUACCACCAAAAGUGGCAGGGCACCCCGAAUAGAGAGCCAUGGGGCUUAUUACAUUCAGGCUACCCAUUUAAGUUAUUUAGGUACAUGAAUGACAAGAAUAAGCUAAGUAUAGGUAGCAAUGCCAAGAACUUAGUAAAGCUGUUUGCGUUUAAUUCCGUACAGAUUGAAGAAUCGUUUGACCGGCGAACACUAGACACUAUCAGUGAAGGCAUUUUAGAAAUGGGAAAAGGCCUUGAACAGCUUACACGAGAAAAGAUUGAGUGCUUGAGAACUGUCAUUAAAUGCAAAGAGUACAUCUUCUGGCUUCGAGAAGAAUUGAAAGGUAAAUGUUUUUUUCUGGAAAACAAAUUAACAAAUGACAGACAGUCAGAACAAAUCUCUUUCUUUGGAUACUAUACCGCAUUGGUACGCAUGAGAGGGGACUCACUUCCAGAAAGAGAGAUUAGCCCUGUUAAUUAAAAUAAUGCUAUAUGGAUUCAGAACCUUUUUAAGAUUGACUGACUGAAAAAAGGCGUGCUUCAAGUUAAUCACUUUUGCUCUGAUAAUAAAAAAUUAUUCACCAAUGAAUGGCCUUGCCGUUUGCUUUCUAUCCAACCGAGGCUUUGAUUCGCUGGACAAUGGUAUCGAAGGCUCUGGAGACGAAAUCGCGAGGACAAAUAUACCGAACUAGGGCAUGAUCGAAGAUUGUUCAAUCCCAAUUGCGGACCAAUAAAAUUUAAGGUUUAAGUAUGCAACUGAUGAAAUCUUUAACCGCUUGAAUUACCUGACCUCUCAGGAAUCAGUCCACAAAUUCAUAAAGCGUUAUUGGUCCGUUUGCAAAAGAAGAAAUUAACAAUCUCUUGUUUUCAUAUUGAUUGGGCGAUCUUCUCCCAAGUGUCCCGGUUUGAGAGUCCGCACUGUAAGGAACCAAGACAAUUAAUUUGGGUAAUCUGCACGGCUGAAACCAGAUUACUAACGAGAAGCAAGAUAACAUAGGGCAAAACGAAGCUGAAUCGUAAGAAAUUAGCAACAUUACCUUUAGUUUAAAGCAUUGCUGCACCCAGGAUUCAUCUCAGAAGUAUAAUCAUAGGUUAUUUGCACUGGACAAUGGUAAAAUUUACCCCCAUGGAACUGGAAAACAUCGUAUUUCUUGACGAUGAAGAACAAAAAUCACGCAGUGUAAUUUUCCCCUUUUUUAAAAGUGAUGUUAUUGGUAAAAAUGUUACUUAAGCAAAUCAAUCGCACGAGUGAUUUUCAUGAGAAUCUUGAUUAUUGGAUAGAUCUAUAUUAGCCCUUUAUUUCCACAAAUUGUCUGGAACCUUAUAGUCCUUGAAAUAGCAGUCAGCAUUUAAAUGGCAAGCAGAAAUAAAUAGUCUUCUUUUCUUUUCUUUUUCUUUUUUUCCUUUUUUGUAAUUUAGGAGGGCGGGAAGAAGUCAAAACACUUGUGGACCUUGCAAUGAUGUCUGCCGGAGAAAGUGACAUUGAAACCGACCGUGUCUCAUUUUUGCACACUACAGCACUUGGAUUCGCUCCAUUCAUUUUUGAUCUGAGUAAAGAUAUUGACUUCAGUCAAUUGUUAAGGAUAUUUGACACAGUGUGGAAAGAAAUUGACGAAAACAAAACUCUGCCUGAACAGCUGGUAAAGAAUAACUGUUUAGUUUAUCUUUGUCCGUAAUUUUUUACUUGCAACCACGUGACAAGGCUGCAUGCCAUGUUGAUGGUGUGUUGGUGGUCAAUACAAUAGAAUUUUUUCUAGAAGAAUUACAUGAAAAUAGGGUUUAGUUCCCAGAGGAGGGAAAUGCUUUUGUUCUUAACCCUAAUACACCACCAACAUGACCGCGGUGACGUCACGUGCAAACCAGCAAUUUGCAGUCCAUAUUCUCUAUUUGCUUUUCCGCUGUCAAAUUAAUGAAUUUUGGCGAUAGAGUCAGUUCAAGAACUUAACUCUGUUUUAAAUUAACCAGAUUUUUACUAAUGCGAUUAACUUAUGCAUGAUCAAGAUAUGCAUAACUGGCCUAAGUUGCGCUUUUCCUUUCUAGGAGGGUAUCACUGCUCAUCUAGAGUGGCUCAAGGGAGUAAAAGAUGCUCAUGCCAUGUCCUCUCUGGAAUUGGCCCAGAACAUUAAUGAAAGAGGCGUUUAUUGCAUUGGUCAACUGGACACCACGACCGCAUCACAGCCUUCUGACAAGAAAACAGUUCAUUCUGUUGUCAAUUUGAUACUUCCUUUAGAGAGCGGUGCCAACGCAACCCCGGCUUUCAGAGAGUACAGUCUUGAGAAACUUCAAGAACUGCAAAGCAAAUUAGCUCUCAUCUCUGGUAAACGCUCUGCUGGGCAGGAUGAUGUGGACAAAUUUGGCCAGGUAUGAUUUUUACUUUCUUUGCUAAACACAAAUUACUUCACUGUCAACAAUUCACCAUACAUUCUCCGUUUAGAGUUUGAACAGUGAUCAAUGCCUGGCAAUCGUUAAAUGUCCCCCAUCUUAAAUACUCUUUUAUGGUUAAUCUGGCAUUCUAGGUAUGAGUAAGUAAUUGAAGCUCUUAGUGCACCUUCACAUCCUAGUUUGAAACUCAAAUUAGUGUCUACAUCGCUUUACGAUGCCUGGAAAUAACAAGUCAGCUACUUCUUUGUCAGAUUUUGCAAGGUGCCGUUCGACUGGGUCAGGCGUAUGUUAAACUCUGCGGAAUUGGAGAUGUGUCUUACCUCGACUGGAACAAGGAAUAUAAAUGUAAAAGCAGCAUUAUGGGUAAAGACGUCAUACAUGACAUCAUCUCCCAAGCCCAGGAAUUCGAACUUCGCUAUGAUGCCUACAGAGUGCACCUGCACGAACAGAGAAUGAAGUAUAGUGAGCUUAACUAUUUCACAACACAGCAAUUACUGUUUUUGCGCAAGGAACUCACUGCCAUUAAUCGCAGCGCUAACAUAGAUUUUCUCAACUUUCAAGUGUUUGCACUUCUUGAAAAAAUUGCUCCCGGUAUUUCUCCGUCGGCCUUAAAGGAUGUUUUAAUUGAAGCUGGGGUAAUGCAAGAGAGUGAAAACUUUGACGAUGGAGUUUCAGACCAACCUCCAUUGCCUGGCAGCCAUGUGGUUGAUUAUCAUGAAGCAGCAGAUGAACAAGUUGAAAUUGAAGAAAAAUUCGAACUUCUUCUGAAACGUGUUGAGAAGUUGAAUUAUCCCGAGGCUGAACGUCUAGCCCUAGCUGCCCUUGUGGACAAUUGGCAAAGCAGUGAAGCCGACCUCGUGAUUUGGUGUGUUCAAAACAACACCAAUGAUGAUAUGAUAGAUGAUCUCUGCGAUCAGGCGAAAAAGAAUCCCUUAUUUGGAGUCAUUGUAAAAGAGGUUGCAGGAUUAGAGUCUUCGGAGAGCUCAGAAGAUUCGGAAGAAGAAGACAUCAGGUAUUUACUAUUUUUUGGCUCAACAAAUAACCUCAUACACUCAUGAGAGCUAGUUCGCUUGAUCUCCACUUCAUAUUUUUUAAAUUCUUUUCAGAAACAUUUACGAUAUUUUCGGCAAUUCUUUUUUUUUUUUUAAUUUAUUAUUUGAGGUAAAUUUACAUCACACAAAACGUAUACAUAUUACAACUUGCCGAAACAAACAUAAAAAUAGCUGAGGUUACAUUUAUGCUUGAAUUCGCUUAGCUACUUACAAUAAAAGGAAAGGACGGUGAAUGGUGGACGGUGGAUGGCUCAACUUUGCACGACUUGGCCCAGUCAAAGCGAUUAGCUAGAGGGUAACCAGUGCAAGCAAUUAAAUUUAAAUAAGAAAAAAUUUCCAUUUGUUUGAAAAAACGGUGAAAGAAUUACAGCGGAGUGCUUCUUGUUUUUCCAUCUCAAUGACGGAAUUUAGUUUGCCCUUAAAAAGAGUCAUGGAGGGAGACGUACCUGCAAGUUUGCUCGAGUAUAUAUAAUAUCUCCCAAUAAGAAGAACGGCAAUUCUUACAAUCUGUGUCUACCGUUCCAUGAGGUCAGGAACGGUUUUUAUUCUGGCGGUGGUGGGGUGUAAGCCUGGGAGUAUUUUCCUUGGGGUGGGGUUCAACGUUUGCAGAUUUUUGUUCUGUUACACACAUUUUGGCAACACACAACUAAACUUAACCUACUGGGAUAACAGUUUAUUAUGUACUGUUCUUUUUGUGAUUGACAAACGUCUUUACUUGUAAAAAUUGAGGAGUCAUGGUAUUCUUACUUUGCGUCACGAAUAACCCUUGCCUAACUGAUGGAUGCCAAUUCUUUGUAAGUUUAUUUUUCCUUCCAGCAACUGCAAGUUUAAGUGCACGUGCAAUGUUUCUGUUGUUUGUAAAUCAUUGUUGUCUCGAACGGUUGCGAGUUAUUCAUUUUCGACUUUUGAACCCGUUAUUUUUUAUUAGCGCAUCAGACGAUAAUAAUUCUGAAGUGGUAGAAGUGGUAGACUCAAGCACAUUAGAAGAGAUCUCGUUUGACGAACAAAGAGGAGGCAGUUACUUAACCUUGGAAGAAGUCGCUGUUUUCCUAUCCCAUUUGGCUUCCAGUGGUAAUUAUCUACUGCUCACUUAAAUACGAGAAGAAAGCAUGGCCAAGUGGUUAGCGCGUCGGCACCCGGGCGUCGGCAGUCCCAAAUCACCCACUAAUAGAUUUUUUUUCCGAAAGCCGCGAAUCUAACUUUUUCGCCGUAUUUGUAAAUAGUAACAUUAUUUGCAUUUUAUUUGGUAUAUUUAAUCUUGCUAUGUUAACUCACUGAUUUGAUUUUUUUGUUCGUCAUUUUCUGGUGGUGGGUACGGUUGUUUUUUGUUUGAUUACAAAAUAUACUUGGAAUUUUCCUCAAAAACCAGUUCAUAUUUAGAUUAGAACAAAAACAAAUGUUAUUAUUGGUUUUCCUUUCCUUAGAAGAAAGAACAGCAAAGCGACCGUUUCCUAACUACUUGAAAAAGGGAAGACCAAAUCUGAUUCUGGCGCCCAGAGGUAAUACUUUUUUUAGAUCGCAUGUUUUAGGCCACAUCUUCGGUUUCAAAUGACAUCGAUGUCGUGAACGCUAAACAAAUGCAAGUCAUGGUUUUUUAAGGUACGUCACUUGUCUGUAGGGUAUUGCCAAAUACGGCUUUUGUGCCAAUCAAUCAAGUAUCAGAUGAAAAAUUUAUUGGAAUUUAUUACGUUCUUCAUUGAAGCACUGUCCCCAGGACAAGUGCAUAAUACUUACUGGAGUGUGAUUACCUGUAAGUUUGCGGGUAUAUGUGUGAAUAUGUCAUCUUUUGUUACAGAAAACAUUUUUCCUGCCGUGCUCAGCCUUUACAAGGAAGGUGGGGCACAGAAUCUUCCAGAUGGUAACGAAGUUCUGGUUUGCACAUCUACAACGACAGCAGAGGAGGUAAAAACCUGGAGACUGCUUUAUUCCGUGCUUAAGUUAAACAUUUUUCGACCCUGUUGUUAGCUUAUUGACCCUUCACAUUACUUCAGGCUUCAUCCUUCUAUUUUCCUGGAGCCGCUUUUAUUUUGUCCGCGUUACCUCGUAAUAUCUUUUCUAUUUAAUCAUGCAAAGGAAAAGUCUUCGAUGAAACUGCUCCAAUGAACUUACUUUAUUAAAUGUUACUUUAUUAUAUUAAGUUAUGUCAUUAAUUCAUGAUGGAGACCCUUUAAUUCAAUAAGGACUCCACCGAUAAAUGCUUUUACUCGUGAUUUCCAAGAUUUAAUUUAAGGAGGUAUAUCACUUUGCCCUUAGAGCUGCUUGCGGGAAGGACAGCCUUUAACUAAAUACUAUCUCAUAAUUGAGCGAAAAACAUACAGGAACUAACCAAGUGAAAUUGACCAGUGCAUAUUCUCUGGGCAUGCGUGCAUUCAUGGCUUGUUACAGAUGUUAUGAUAACAUUUUAGAUGUUUGUUAGAUAUUUUUUAGAUAUUUAUUUCUUUGAAUGUGGUCCAUUUAUUUUAUAGGUAGAGUUGUUGUGGCGUCGUGCAUUGACGGACCCACAGGGAAAAUUUCACUGUCUUGUUAUGGGUGAUUUGCUGGACUAUGACGUCAGCCAGAAGGCAGCCGAUUGUUUGCACACAUUGAUACGAGAUUACAACAAUGAAAGUAAUAUUUCUAUUUUUGGUUUGGUUCUUUUUUUAUUAUUGUUUAUUUCCUUUUGCACAAGAAAUCUUUAUCAUCAUCAUAAGCUACCGUGAGGUGUCUAGAAUUAUUUAACGAACCAUAAAAGACGUUGGCGGCUCACAGUAUACUGCGUCACAGGUUCCGCUUUAUCCAUUCUUCUAAUUACUUCACCUCGCAGCGUGGUAGCUUCGUGACAUGUUGGUUCAGGAUUGGCCAUGUUUGCCCUUGGGUGCAUAAAGUUGGAGUCAACAUGGAAGUCAAAAGUUUCAUUAAACUUCCGAAGGAAUCACAUGAUGCUUCAUGUCAUCGUAAUAGUGUCAUUUGGUAAUUGACAUGAAUGACCUUGAGCAGGCGAACCCAAAUUCUUCUAAGUUUGCUUUUCUUGGGAAAAAACUCCCUUGAUAAUUCACUUUUUCCUGCCCUAAGACACUUUCCACCCAACCAAUAUCUUUUCUGCAUUUUAACAACUUACAUAGACAUCUGAUAUGUUCCUGCUCGUGACAUGUAUUUUUUUGAAUGAUGGAUAAGACUAUUGGUGUCAGCUCGUUGUCAGCAAAAAGCAAUUCCUUCCUCGGGUGUGCCUCUUUAGUCAACUUGUCGGGCUCUUUCUUCAUCGUUAGCCAGUUUGUGUAGUCUUCUCUCUACAUUUACCGGUGCAAGUGCAGUUCUCGUGAUUGUCUUAGAGUCUUAAUUUUGGCUAGUACCUGUCCCUUCAGUCUUAGACUGAUAUGUUGGAUAGUCAAUGCACGAUUAUUUUCAGAAACGUAACUUUUAAUGAACAAGCGGUCAUCACCUGCCUUUAUCACAUUAUUACUUAUUAGAGUUAGAAACAGUAAUUUGUUAUAAUUAUAACAUCAAAGUAAUAGCAUUAACAAUGUGAAUUCUAAACACAACUUUUGAUCCAUCGAAGAAAAACAAAACUUAAGAGUGUGAUUUAUAAUUCUUUCUGUAACGGAAAGGGUCUUUUUUUAUUCUUCUCCAGACUUUGGUCUUGUGGUCCUGUGCAGCAGUGAAAAUGAAGAACGUGCUCAAAUGGUGGCCGCCCUGGAGGAAUACAAAGUGACAGGAAUACCAAGAUAUCCUAAACCAGAGGAGCUAAGACGUUACCUUCGGGACCAGUUUACGGCACCUGAAGGAAGGCAGGGCUGUUAUCACGGUCAGCACGUGAUUUGGAGACCAGCCGCCGACACCAUUCGCUCCGGAAAGUAGGUUAUUCGACUUAGGCUAAGUUGUUUGACAGUCACACACUCUAGACUAAGCGAUGUGUUUGGCUGAACGAAACGUUUUGAACUAUAAUUUUGUAUACGCUGUGUGUGGAUCUAAUCCAAAAAUCGAUUAUUAAACAAGAAGGCUUGAUCAGACCUCUCUAGUGUUCCCAAAAAUUAUGACAUCUGAUGCUUUCUUUUUGCAGCUUAAGUGUUCGCCUAGUAACCUCUAUUGAUUCUGGAGUGGGUAAAAGCUUAGUCGUUCAAAGGUUAGCAGAGCAGGUGUCAAACCUUCCAAACAAUCUUCUUAUCACGGAGGAGAUGAAGGAGCAAAAACGAGAUCCUCCAUCAUUGUGCGUGACGAUUCCCUUGCACAAUGAGCGUGCAAGUGUCGCUGAUAUCACUGAAUAUUUCCUUCCGCACGCUGUCCAUCCAGAUUUGCCUUUGUCUAGGAUUUUUCAUCUCGAUAGUUGUUGCACGGUAUGUAUUUUCGAGUACCAAUGAAGAACUGAACGACUGACUGAGUGACUGCCUAGCAUCGGUCUUUAAGUAUAACAGCAUCUCCCUGAAUUGAAACACUUAACAAUUACUUGACCUGUUCCUAUUUCAGUAUUACUAUUAAUAAUAAGCUGAUAACGUAAGGCCUAGGACAAACGUCGAACUUUUCAUGAGACCAACCAAACUCUAAUUUUGUCAACCUAAAUUAAGUUCAGGUCGUCUGUUGGGUCAGACGUCAAACUAAGGAGGCGUCGAGCCAAUCAACUGAAUCAGAUCAAAAAGCAAUUUUAAUUUUUAUUCUCGAACGAGGCUAAAUAUACAUUGUCAUACAUUUUUUUACUGGCUAGCUUAGUUCGUCGCAAGUGAAGGUCGAUGUUUGUCCUGGAAACGAUCUUUAGACGUUCUCUCCGUCUAAAGCAGACGGAUAGAACGUGCUGGACGACCCGAACUCCUUCAGACGAAAAUAACCGAGCCAGACGUCGAACUUUUCAUUAACUUAACUCACUAAGUUUGGUUCGUCUCACGGAGAGUUCGACGUUUGGCCUAGCUAUUCCGCCAAAACUCAAUAAAUCUCUUUUUAUAUACAGACGGACGUUUACAUCAGUUUAGUCGUUUAGUUAUGUGUCUGUUAUGUGUCACAUGUUUUUUCCCCCGAUUUUCAGGUUAUACCAGAUAUUGACACACUGCUGUUUAAUUUGCUCAUCCUGGGAGAACUAACAGAUAAUCGUGGACGUGUUUGGAGACGAAACCCCCAUGAUUUGUACAUCCUGGAAAUUACUUACACCUCACCACAGGUAUGUUAGAUUGCCACUUACAUCCUACAUGUCUUUGCCUGUAGAAAGAAAAUGAUGAAUAGACCUAUUCGGCUAACUAAUGUUGUACCCAGUUCAAACCCUUUGGGAAUAAAGCUUUUUGUUUGAGGAAUUUCCAUAUCAUUUAAAUGUGAAUGCCACAUUAUAAUGCAAUGACAAUACAUAAAGAAUCUUAUCCCCAGAAGAUUUGAAUUGUGUACAACAUUGAGUAAGCCGAAUAGGUCUAUUUGAUAACGGAUCAUAAAAGUUAAAUGUUCUUUUUGCCCCAUGUAAGGGAAUCCAAGACAGUCUUGGAUUCUGGAUUCCAGGCUGUGGAUUCCGGAUUCCAGGUACUGGAGUCAGUCUUUGUCAGUGGAAUCUGGAUUCUGGAUUCCAAAGCCCAGGAUUCCAGAUUCCACAAGCAUAAAUUUCAUGAAUUCCGGAAUCCGGAUUUCCUUACAUGGGGCGAUUCGUUAUUCAAUCUUUAUCACUACGAGAUAUGAAAUAAGAAUUUUUAUAUGUUUAUCCAUUAGAAAGAAGAAACAACAAGCUGCAGGUUUUUCGAACUUCUUCCCACCAUUACGUGCGUACGUCCAAUGACGAUACUGCCGAUCAGAAACCAGAAAGGUAAUUCACACCGGUGAUGAAUAAUGCUUACUUAUAUGCACCCAGUGAUCCUAGCAGUUUGUGAAACUGUACUGUAUUGCUAAGACACAAGCAUGACUGGCCUUAAAAAUAUUUUCUAGGAACGCCGUACAGUUUAUAGAGAUAUAAAAGUAUUCAAAACAAUCAGAGUUUUUCACUGAUUAACAACUGCAGUUUGUCCGAGGAGAAGGUAACUAAAUUCUAUUCUCUGAGCAAGUCGAUUUCUGAACAUUUGGAAGAUUGCCUAUUAAGAAAGACAAACAAAACAAUUUUUGCGAAAGGCAAACAAUGUUAAAAAGCAACUUAAUUCUCUUUGACAGUACUAGCUGUUUUAGAAAUAUUUUCCCCAUUCACCUCGAUCUCAAACAGAUAUUGAUAUUUUUUCAGUCAGUCCGUUCAUUCAUUUAUUUUUCUUCAUGCGUGAGUUUCAGACGAUGCUCUCAUGUUAGGGCAUUAAUGACGCAUUCGAUAGAGCAACUGCGAAAAACACUAUUACAAAAAUAGCUGUUUGUAAAUAAUACUUACUUUCUUAAGCAUCAGUAAUAACUGUGCCUUGACUAUAUCAUGUUUUAAAACAAGAUGAAAGUCCUCUCUUUGAUGAUGAAGAGUUCAAAAGCGAGGCAGUGCAGCGUGUGUGGCAGUAUCUUCGACGAUUUAAUAAAGAUGAGCGUGAAAUACAGGACUUUGAAUUUCUGCCUCAAAGAACGGAAGGCAGUCCAAUGGAAUGUUUGAAGGUCUUGCUCAGGUAGGAAUAAUAAUAAUUAUUAUUUUUUUUUUUUCCGCGACCUACUCAUUCACAGAAGCCUUUUAUUAUUUUAUGUUAUGAGGGCUGUUGGUAAAAAAACAUUUUAUGAUCUGUUUGCAGCAAUGGCCAGCGCGCAUUCAUGACAAACAUUUAUUCAACUCGUUCCUCAUAACCCACUACUGUGUCCUUGUUAGUGGACUUCAUCUUUUACGAUAACCUUAACUUGUUUUACAAUGACAGAUUUGUCUUUGACUUUUGCGUUACCUGAAUAACCGAACAACAGUGAUUUUGUAUCCUUAAUAUAACCUCAUGGCAGUUUGUAGCUUUCUCGGACCACUGUGUAAAAUGUGCCCCCCCCCCCCCCCCCCCAACGUCUAUUUAUUCGGUCGUACGGAAUUCAUUCUCACCAUUAUUUUCACGUUUUGUCUCUCGCUGUCCAUAGAAACUGUGGAGUUCAUAACCCAUCAUGGUUCGAGCUGCGGCAAUUUGUUAACUUUCUUAAUCACCAACUUCUGGACUGCGAGCAAAGUGUGUACUGUAAACCAGAACUUACUGGGGACACUUUGGAAGGUUUUCGAAUUUUUGUAGUGAGAUUUAUGAUCAUUAUGUCAAAGGUGAGAGUAACUACAGUGUGCUUUACAUGAUUGAUGAGGUAAUUCUAGAUAUACUGGCAAAUGAGGCACUAAAUACACUCAAAAAUGCUUUAGAUGAGACAAUCCUAGACAUACAAGGCAAAGUAAAACAUAUUUAGUAAGCUUGUUAAAAUUUUUGAACUGGAACUUUCCUUUAGUUUCAGAUUCAGGUCAGUUUAGUUUUUUGUUCACACUUCAUAUAAUAUGAGUUACAUAGGAAUAAGUAACAAUUACGAGAUUAAAAUAUAUAAGUAAACGGCUUUAAGAGAAAUGUACGGUGGUCAGAGGAGCAUAGCUUUCAAGCUAACAACCACAGGAAAAUUGUCUAAAACGAAUCCAACACAUUUUCAGUUUCAUUGAAUCAUUAUUCCUUGCCGUUAUUUAUCAAACACAAUUACAAUGCUAGAUUAGUCUGACAAGACUCAGGGCUAGGUUGUUCGAAGCUGGGUUGUGGUAAACUAGGGUUAGUGCUAGCCUCCCACGCAGACGAUCUUAGGGGUUCGUCACGCGUUCCUGCCCUACGAACGUCUGCUGAACUGAAUGAUAAAUUCCUUUCCCAUGGUUGGCAAAUAUCGGCUGAAGAUCACAUGCAGAUUAUCGGAGAUCCAAUCGACGUUGUUGAAGUCAAAGUGUUGACAAGCCAAACACAUACGUACAAGCUCUGUAGAGCGUGAUACGUGACCAAUAAGCGUUGGCUUUUUGUAUUUCUCUCUGUAAAGGCUGGAUUAGAUGUCAUUUGCUCAUAAAGUUGUUCUUUGGGUGAUGCAACGGCGUGGUUACCUUGUAAGACUGAACAAAAGGCAGAAUUUUUUCACACGUUAUUGUUUUGUACGAAAGCCGACUUCCGUUCUUCUUAAUUUAACGAGAUUCUGAGGGUAGCCACUAGUACGAACGCUUGUGAGUUAACAGAGUAGUUUGUUUUAAAACUGUAAGGUCUUCACCGUUUCAUGUAACCUUUCUGAACUUUUCUGGAGCUGUAUAAAAAGUCAAGCACGAAAUUUCUCAAGGUCCAAAGUGCACUUCCCAGAUCUGGAAGUCUGCUGUGAUUGGUCUACGUUUUUUCCGCUCAAGUCAGCAGACGUUCGUGGAGCAGGAACGCGUGACGAACCCCUAAGAACGUCUGCGUGGGAGGCUAGGUUAGUGCGAAAUUUGAAAGCAGAUAUGAGGGCUCAAAAAGCAAAUUCAGUCUAGUUCUCUUUGCCUACAAUUUGAUGAUUGGACACUCUAAAAAUAAUAGAGAAAAUCAUUCUAAAGAGUGCUUUUGAAAAAAGGCAAAGAAACCCGGGUUAAAACUUAUCCCCGGGUUAGCGCUAACCGGCGUUCGAACACGCUUAAAACAACGUCCUGUCUUUGUUACUAGGAUUUUUCCUUACGGUCAUUACAAGAAACAGAUGAAAGAGGCACGCAGCAGACAGAUGAUGAAAGUGACAUUCGUCCCCUGCAACUACGGCGGUCCUGGGAACAAAGGUAAGAUACGUCGAUCUAUUACUAGCUAGAAAUACGUGUAUCGCAGAACCUCCCACACUUGUUAUAUGGAGUACCUUGCAGGGAGGAGAAUUAUUUCUCCUUGCAGGCAAGCAUCACACUAAUAUUCCGAUGACAUAUUAAUAAACCUCGCCGCAAGGGCGCUUCGCUCGGAAUUAACGUGAAAUAUAAUGUACAUGUUAUAAUGUUUCUCUUUCGCGUUUACUUCAUAGAACCUGUCUGUCAAUGUUCUAAACUUUUAGAAAUUAUCUUCCCAUUAGCUCAGUGUUAGAAAAAUCUCAUCUUCUAGUACUGAGUUACUCGAAACUCCCAUGUGAUUGUAAUAACACUGCUUAGGUGUUAUUUACUGAAGUCACCUGCUAUUGAAAUUCAUCCUUGGCUAUACUAAUUUUUGAUUGCAGUACUCAUCCGUAUCUAUUUUUCCAUCCGGAUCAUGUGACCCUUUCUUUUCUCGGGUUCAAAGUUGAUGAAGAUGGAAAUGCUGAGUUCUUGGACCCUCAAACUGGAGAAAUUCUUCAAAAAAGUUUAAUGCCACGACGUCUUCGCACGGGACUUUACGUACAAAAUGUGGACCUGAACCACGACUUUGAGAGCAAGAAUAAGUAAGUUUGUGACGGCCCAGACAGAAGAUUCUCAUUUAUAUGGGUACCUGCAUGAUACCCUCCUGUUUUUACACUAGCAAACUAAUUAAGGGGGCAGUUUUUAAAUUUAUUUUCUUUUCUUUAACAACGCUACAUCGCUAACAAAAUAUAGGGUAACGUAUCACUAAUUUCACUUUUAAUCAAGACUAUCCAACCAGAUCAGUCAAAUCCUAAAUAGUGUGCACGAAGGAGAUGGUUUUUCAGCAAAACCCUCUGGAAAAAGCCCAUUUCAUCUGCUAAGUGACUGGUCCGGCCGGCCGGCCAGUUCUGACAAAUGAAAAGCGCCUUAAGUCAUCCACCAAGUAUUUAAACCCAGUCAGCAAAAACAGCACACAUGCCCCGUUUUGCAAGAAGUUCUUGUUUUGCAGUUAUAACUUGACCGAUAACUGUUUGUUUCUAGACGUGAAAUAAUGGAAACUUUGUGUAAGGUCAUGGGCCUGGAUUGGGGGAUGAUUGACCCUGAUAAAUCUUAUGAGCUGACUGGAGACAAUGCUAAGAAAAUUCUAGCCAUACACAUGAGAUUCAGAUGUAACAUCCCGGUAAUCAUCAUGGGCGAAACAGGAUGUGGAAAGACACGCCUUAUUCGUUACAUGUGUGGUCUACAGACAGGGGGACUGAAAUGCAAAAACCUGCUGUUGAUGAAGGUAAUAGAUUAUAAUGUAACUAGAAAAGAGUUAAGACUUAAGCGAAAAAGCACCUAAAAAAUUAGCAAUAAUGUGAAAAAGACGACCUGAGUGUGGGACAAAGAGCAGCUCAUCUAAAUUUACCAAGAACCACUCUGAUGCCGCAACUACUGACACUAAAGAGAAAAUCAUGUGGACCUAAGCCAUUUUACGGGUGAUGUCUGAAAUGCUUCCUGCUGAAUAUUACUUGGGUCAACAAUGUCGAAAGCACUUGAACGGGGAUAAACAUCGAAAUUUGGCAAGCUUUGACACCUUUGAUUUCGGUGAAGAAAUGUGAACACUGAGUUUAACAUUAACUGAUCAUGAGAAAUGAUCGUUGCCGGAUUAGUUCCUGCAAUUGUCUUUAAGAUUGUAGACGCUGGAAAAGUGUUUAUCUGUUAAAUAUUCCUCAUGUAAGGAAUAACAGGAGAGUGAGGAUAAAUCCGAUAGAAAAACAAAAGCUGGAACGCCAGUACGGUGUCUGGGAGAUCAAGGGCUCGAAUCCUUUCACAGACCCAGGUUAUGAGGUUAACUGCGAAGAAGAUGAAUACUUAAUUCUAAAUGGGCCGUCGAUAAAACAAAUCAGUGUUUUUAUACUAUCUUUUUUUGUGAAUCACCUGUACCGCUUGCAACGACCGGUACAAGAAUUAUGAAUCAGAGUGCAUAUUCGGCCUAUUGAUAAAAUGAAUUUGUCCUUGCAGAGUCACCCUAUUCGACGUUUCAUUAAUGACAUUGAAGGUUAAAAACCCUCUAUAUGAUAGCCUUAGUAAGUUAUAUAUCGUUUUGAUGGACGUUUGAAAUAUUCUUUUCUAAAGAUUCAUGGUGGGACAACUUUCAAAGACAUUGAAAGAAAUGUUGUUCACGCAGAGGAGAUGGCCGUCCGCAACGCACAACGUGGCUUUGACACCGUUCUGUUCUUUGACGAAGCUAACACCACUGAAGCUUUGGGCAUGAUCAAGGAAAUCAUGAUUGAUCGGAGAUGCAAUGGGCGUCCACUCUCUUUGAAGAGUAACCGUCUGAAAUUCAUUGUUGCUUGCAACCCAUAUCGAAAGUGAGUCUUCUGCUUGUAUAUUUACAGGAUACAUAUACGUGCAUAAAGGGAAGUAUCAAUGUUCUAUAUUGGGUCUUGGUGAAUGUUUAGUAAUGGUAACCGCCUUAAAAUAUAGCCAGCGUAGAAUUGCCUUUAAAAUGCUUACCUCAUAAUUUUGAAUAAGCUACAGGAAUUUGGGUUUGUUAUUAGCCUUAGUCUUAAGCAUGUAAUAAAAACAGGAGUACAUGUUUUAGUUAAAAUUAUAAAGUUAACACCUCUUCUAAUACUAGGCAUACCGAUGAAAUGAUAAAGAAACUGGAGUCAGCAGGACUGGGAUACCGUGUAAGAGCUGAUCAAACAACAGAACGCAUUGGUAAGGUUAAUCAUUUGUUUACGAUGAUCCUGCUUAUGUUAGAGCGUUUUAAGUUAAGGUAUUUCCCUUGAAAAUGUUGUUCUAUCUCCAUCUUUUUUUCUUAUUUAACACGAUUAAUAGCCAUUUAAUUUACAGGACACUGGCAUAAAAUGAGGGCACUCCGCCUCUUCUUAGAGUGUGUGUCCUUUUUUCUAUUAUUUCCUAAAACUAUGAAUGUUUGCGAAACUCUGAUACCUAGAUCCUAUUAAUAUGUUUGGGCUAAAAUCAUUUGCUGAAGUGAUUUCAAAUUGACCUAUCUUGCAAAUAAUGUAAGAAAACUGGACCCUUACGUCUUACCAAAACCCUUUAGCCACCUUUGAUUUGGCAUUAUUAUGCGUAGGAGGCGAUGAGCAGUAUCACAUUGACUUCUCUUAAAUUUUAAACAUUAACAGGUGAAAUUCCCUUGCGUCAGCUGGUGUAUCGAGUUCACGUACUACCAGAGAGUAUGCGCAGUCUUGUCUGGGAUUUUGGACGCCUACAGCCAGACGUGGAAGAGAAGUACAUUUGUCAGAUUGUAAAGCGUUAUGUAAGUAAACGAUAAAUGGUGAAAAUAGUGGAUUAGGACCUAUCGAUGAGAUUGCACAUUACAAUCAACAUCAUAAAAUGCACGGCAUCAACAGUUUCUAAUAAAUUUUUUUGAAUUACCCCCGCACACGGUAAUGACACACAUUCUACGUUUCUACAGGUACUAGACGAACAGCACUUUCAGGGAGACGAAGAUUUGGUCAAAACUAUAGCAAGGAUCUUGUCAGUGUCACAGCAGUUCAUGGGAAAGAGAAAGGUGGAGCAAACGUUUUUAAAUUGUUUCAUUAGAAUUUGUUCGUUCGUAUAAGCAAACGUUGGAGACUGAAGCAUGUUAUACCUGUGGUACCUGUCUUAUCGUUGCAUUGACGGAUCGCAAACUUUGAAAAAAUACAUGUCUUCCUUCACGAUGUCAGUGUCCUUUUAAUUUGAUUUUAUUUUAAUUUUUACAUUUUUGUCUUCAUUAUAGGAUGAAUGCAGUUUCGUCAGCCUUAGAGAUGUGAAACGAGCUAUGGAGGUCAUGGUCUGGUUUUAUGAACACUACAAAUAUUUUGCGCCCUUGGUGCAAAGUGAAGAUCAGGAAAGUAAAGAAAAAAGAGACAUUGAAGAAGAAGAGGACGAUAAAGAAGAAACGCCACAUGUCCAUUCGUUUGGGAAAAAAGUAGAGCUUUUAGACGAAAUGCCCACGCCUCAGGAAGAACUUUCUGAUUCCCGUAUCCCAUUUCCUGACGACGAAUUAUUGUAUGUAGAUAGAAUAUCCAUGUCAAAAGAAAGACAUUCCGAAUCCGGUAUCUCGCUGCCUGUAGAAGACAUGGAUGAUUCGGCGAAUUUCACUGAGGUAAUGGAACCGGUUAAUGUUGCAUUGCACUAACGCGAGUUGGUUAAGGCCCGAUUUAAAGUACACCACCGGGAAAUAGCCCAAGUCAUUCGCAAACUGGAAAUAAUAAAAAGGAAAGAACAAAAUAACAUGACUUAAGCCCUUAGCGAAUAGCGAAACACGCACAAGCGAGAAGGCCAAAUGUGAAAACAAAGCGUAAUCUUUCAAUUGUCCGAUUUACAUCGUCCUUCCCGUUGCAUGGACAGCCUUAAGCCUGGUACGUUUCUCAAAACACUUUGAUUAAGACGUAAGUCAUGGUAUCGGAUUUUCAAUGUUUGGAAAUCACAACAUAUUGUGUGGAUAUUGUUUUCUUGAGUAAGGGGAAAGUUUUUGGUUGUUUUUGCAGCGAAUAGCCAUGGUUAUGCAUGCGUCUCAUUUUCUUAUUUAUUACAGCCUCAGGAGGCACUUGGAGAUGACCUCGACCAAAUCACUUGGUCACUAAUUAUGGCUCUUGGAGUUUGUUACCAAGCGCGGUUACAAAACCGAGACGAAUAUCGACAGGAAGUGGCAAAAGUAUUCAAUACUCCAUGCAGGCUUCCUGGCGGUCCAGACAGAAUACAGGAAGAGAUCACUCGGUUAGUUUUUUACCUUGAAGCUCAAACUGACUUUAUUUCCAUAGUAGCAGUGUUUGUUACAACAUGGUAACUUUAGAUUGCUGAAAGCUGUUGUUAAACUUUCAGUUGCAAUUGACAACAAAGUUUACUUUACCUAUUUCUAAACUACCAGUCCUAUAAAGACAAUCAAUAGCCCGAAGAAUUUUUUCAAGUUUCUCUUGACUGUGGCAACGUCUUUACUAUAAUUUACAUGAGAUAAGGUACCACCCUAGUUUUUACUUCUAAAUUUUAUCAGUUUAUGAAAUUUAUGGAGCUCAGUCCGACUUUUUUAUAUUUAAUUUAGAUUAAGACAUAUAAGAAACUCAUGAUGUCGGACUGAGCUAGAUGAAAUGAAGAUUUGGAAAAGUCGUUUUACCAAGUCGUCGGAAUAUAUGGUGAAAGUUUCAGAGAUAUAAUUAAUUUAUUCCCAUUUUCUGUGUUACUAGUUUUUCCCGUCAAUGAUAUUCGAUGUACUGAGUAGACCCCUAGCCCAUACUACAAUUUCUCACGUCAUUCGCUCUAAAGGAAGGUGAGAGCUUGAUACGUCAGCUUUUGAAUAAAUAUAAUUAUAUUGUUUAAAGGGGCUGUGUAACGGCAGUCCAGUUCAUUUCGCCGGUUUAAUUUUGCCAAUUACACGCCCUCAAUCGCUAUGGAACUUAAAGUAAGCAAAGAAAUUACAGGUAAAUGACAAACCCAUCCGAGACAAACAAAUACGUCCGCUGAGCAUUAUUUUUGAAGUUGCAAGCAGCAGGGAUCAACUUUGAAAAACUGUUAGGCUGAACAGUUUUCAAAAACACUAAUUUCAAUCCGUUUCAAUCUUCUUCAGUUUUGCCCAUCCGUGGCAUCUGUUGUUUCUGUUAUGCUAUUUUAACCUUCCUUUAAAGUUUUAAGCGGUUAUUUUUGUUUCUCCUAAUUUAACGGGCAUUUUGUAAUUUCCUAAUUUGGCAGAAUUUCGUGACACAGCUCCUUUAAGUUUACAGUGAUUAAUUGGCUGAGAGUAAAAGCAGACUUGAAUUUCAUGUCCUCUCUUUCAUGUAGUACGGUUACUAAUCCUACCUUGAAUGCCAGACAUCUCGCUUACAAGCGGCGAGCUAAGAAGCAUAAAGAACGAACUACUGAACUGCUGCUCAAUCACGUCGUCCAAAAAAAAGAGAAAACGAAUUCGUCUGGCACUCAGGGUAUUCGAUUGCACACAUAUAGUGGCAAGCUCCCAUAUGACUUUAUAGCUCAUUUUGACAAUAUUUUCCUUUGUAAAGCUGUCAACAAGCUGUAAUGAAGGAACUCAAGCUUGGUCCUAACAUUGCCUGCAACACAGCAUUAAGCGAGAACGUGUUCAUGAUGUUGGUGUGCAUUGAACUCAGAAUUCCACUGUUUGUAGUUGGUAAACCAGGCAGCUCCAAAUCUUUAGCAAAGACUGUUGUGGCUGAUAACAUGCAAGGUGAACGAUCAUCAUCAGAGCUGUUUAAAAAUUUUAAACAGGUGAGUCAGAAAUUUGGUAGUCCUCUUGCCAGGUUUGCUCGUCUUCACAGUUUCUUUUAAUUAGGUAUAAUACAACCGAGUAUAGUACAGUAUAUAAACAUACUAGACCCUCCACGGUUUUUCCACGGUUUGAUAGAGACGGAUUUUCAUCGUCUCCGCACGAAAGAGCGCCUCAAAACUAGACAACGCACGAAGUCUUAAGGUGAUACGUCCAAAGCGAAGCUACACAAGGUCGCGAAUCUUUACUGAGAUUUUUUUGGGAGGAGCGCGAACUUGCCCCUCAUCAUGCAAACUUUUGUAAACUCUUUUGCAAAGUUAUAUCUUCGUUAAUUUUUAACAAAUCGCUUUCAAACUUUGUACGUUUACUGCAGUAAUUUUAAGGCGUUCUGACGGAUGUUUGCUUACUCGUCCCAGUCAAAAGUUGAAAAAUCACUAGACACAACUCUAAGUGCAGUUACCAGCGUGGUGAACCACACAAGGACUGAUUUGUGUUUUCGUCGUUGAAAACAGAUUCAGCUGAUUUCGCAUCAGUGCAGUCCUCAGUCUACCCCUGAAGGUAUAAUGGCAACCUUCCAACAAUGCAGCGAGCUUCAAGACCGCAAACGGGCAGAGACAAUUUCCGACAAGUUUGCCUCGGUGGUAGUGCUCGAUGAGGUGGGACUUGCAGAGGAUUCCCCAAAAAUGCCCCUAAAGACGUUACAUCCCCUGUUGGAGGACAGCGAUAAAACUCAAGAUGACGUCAUUGAAACUGAGGAAAGUUUUUCUCGCGUUGCUUUUAUUGGCCUAUCAAACUGGGCAUUGGACCCUGCCAAGAUGAACCGUGGAAUUAUGCUGUCUCGUGGUGAACCUUCUGAAAAUGAGCUUGAAGAAACUGCCAGGUAUUUUUUUCUGGUGUUAAGAUUUCUGUGAGAUAGCAACAGGUAAUGCGUCAGAAGGGAGGAAGUGUGUUACCAAAAGAACCACAAUUGUACAGGAGCAAUAACCUUUCCAAAGGUGUUGGGGAACUGCUGGGGAUGAUGACUAUGCGGUCUAUUUAUUUAAUCCCUUUCACCACGGUUACAAUACUAAGAUAAGAAUAGGGUAAAUAUAUAUAUUUCAACAAACUUGGAAGAACAUUAAACGUUGGCGCGGGACACAAAACAGAGAAGACAAAAAUAUGUUUUGCCGGAGUGGGAAAAGAAAGCCCAAAGGUACACAAAAAUUGUCUUUCACAGAUUGUACGAUUUCAGUCGAUUUCCUGGUUUUUAGCAAUAUCUCAUGAUAAUUUUGAAGGUGCUCGCGGGAUUAGUAUUUUAUGCAUUGUUUUUUUUUUACUUUAUAGAGGGAUUUGUGGUGGUGACUCCGACAUUAUGCCUUGGCUGGAGAAUUUAAUACCUCCUUUAGUCACCGCCUACCGUGACCUCUACCAAAGACAGAAAAACAUAGAAAGAUUACAGCAUGGAAAGAAAGACGAGUUUUUCGGUCUUAGAGACUUCUACAGGUGUGUUGUUUAGCUUGAAUUACAUAUCUUAUCGAUGCUGAUCAAGUUUGUAAGGACUGUGGUCUGUCCGUGUUGAGUAUGAUGCGCCAGUAGUCAAGCGCAUUGUUUUUAUUUUUGUGCCUUAAACAGUGUACAUAAGGUUUUUUCCUGAAACCCCCCUGAGACUGUGGGUAGAUUUUAUUUCUAUGCCUCGCUGAAAAUCAUUGUAAAGGAAUGUUAAUUAUCUUUGUCUCUUAUUAUUUCAGUCUUGUGAAGAUGGUCUUCCACAUUGCAAAGAAACAGAGACGUUCUCCAAACUGGCAAGAGCUUGAACAAGCCAUUGAAAGAAAUUUCGGGGGAUUAUUGGAGGAGGAUUUUGUCCCCGUGAAAAUUAUUAAGCAACACCUGGGUUUUCCACCCGAAUUUCUACAGGUUAGCUUUGCACUUUUAAAUACUGCAAAUAAAAGCAACGCAAGAAAACAGACAAUCAUUUCACAAUCAUGGCUUCCUAUGCGGCUUGAUUUAUCGGCUAUUCUUUGAACUUUACUAAAGGUAUUUUUUUCCGUUCAAUAACUAAAGUCGAACCUCCACUAACAUCCACUCCUCCACCACCUUUCUACAACAGCCGCUAUUUUUGGCGGACACUGACAGUCCAUACAUUGAUUAGUUUAAACCUCUCCAUAACGGCCACUUUUCCCUCUCCCCAAGGAGGCCAUUUAGGAGAGAUUCAGACAAAUGUAUGCCCAAACGGGCUCAUCGUUGUUAGAGAAAUUUUUUUAAUUGAAUUAUUUCAAGAUUCUUAAGCAUGUAGCCCUCUUACUUAUAAAAUUUUCGUAACAAAAGUGAAUUUUUAAAUUUUCAUUCUUUUGUAUUUUUAUCAAACUAUAAUUAAGAAUUUUUCAUUUUCCUUUUUUUACCCUUUGAGGACCGUAAUUCAGAUGAUCGAAAGCUUGUAUUUUUUAAACAUUUUCAGCCAGAGAACGUUUUUUAACAUUUGAUCAAUCCUGGCUGCGGCACUGCUAUCUUUUCAAGUUUACAAUUAUACCUGAUUUCCAUCUGAUUAAAAAGUUUGUAUAUCGUGUAUCACAGCGCAGAAAGUCAUACCAUGCCAACAUUAAAGUAUUACCAAACUAAUAAGGUGAUAGGUGUUUCAUCGCUUUUCAUUUACCUCAUAUUAAUGUAGGUGGCUCUUGCUUGCCAUAUUCUUACGGGCUUGAACUGAUACGAUUUUUUGUGUCAACAAGGAUAAACAAGACAUUUUAUAACAUAGCGCGCGUGCUUGCACUGUAAAUUAAAAAGAUCUGUUUCAGCCCCAAAGUGUCAAUUCAGCCCUGCAGGCCAAAGUCUGAUUCAGCCCUUCUUGGAGCCAUUUGAGCACAAUUUAGGCCAAAAAGCUCUAUCAAAAGGCUAUUCCAGCCCACGGUAGGGCCCAUUUCAGCCCUGGGACCAAAUCAGCCCUAGCUAAUUGGACUGUAUUGGCCCUGAUUUAAGGGAGCCAAAUUAGACCCAAAAAUAGGACUGUAUUUUACUCACCGAAACGGCCCUGUUUUUAGGGCUAAAACAGAUCUUUCUGAUUUAGAGUGUGCCCUACAUAAGUCCUAUUGAGCCGCUAUGAACAAAAUCUUCAUUUACGCACACCCGUGCGUAAAUAAGAUGACGUGUUCAGCUGUGUUUUUCGUCGCUUUUCCUAAGUACCCCAAAAUGGACGGCAAUGAUAAAAAACUUUCUAGACUUUUUUUGGAAUUUAGCUUCGUUCUAGCCACUCAAAGCAACAGCAAAAGCGGUGAAAAUGUUUUGCAAAUAAUAGAGCCUGAAUGAUUCGUUGAAAAGUCUGUCGUAAAGACUGACAUUUACUUGGAAAAGGAGCACAAAUUGGUCUGUGUCGGAAAAUAUCAAAUUUGUAUAAAGUGUCCUCCGUUUUUAACGUUUGUUUUAUAUCCUACAAAACUAUAAAGUAAGCUCAACAGCAAAAAAUUAUACACUUUUGUUAUCGCCGAACAAUCCGACUGAAAAAGGAAAAUUUCUCUGGCAAUAACAAGACAAAUUACACAAGAAGACAUAAAUUUAUUACUCACAAAAACAACUGCUGCCAGGUCUUCUCAAGAAGCCGUAAUAAGGUUAACGUAGGAUGACAGUCGUCUUCGCUGAAAAACAAGUUUUCUGUCAAAGAUUUCUGGAUUUCGCCGAGCAAAACAUAAAUAUCUUUUAAGCAUAUCCAAAUCAUACUCCACGACUUCUUACGAACAUGUGAGUAUUUUCACUUUAGGUGGACUUCACACUCUUUUACCUGUUGUUCUUUUUAGUUUUAAUUGAUCGUUAACGAAUAAAUAAGGAAAUUUUCUUUCUCAGUUUUAUAGGAAGAAUUUUCAUUCAAACUAGACCAUUGUGGCGUGUUUGUAAUCAGCCAAUAAAAGCGUUUGUUAUUGUGUCGCGCGUUACGAGAAUUUUGUGGUUAAUCUUACGCAUCUUUCGUGCUCUCCAACUUCCCGCGUGCAUCCAUAACUCGAUAUAUGCACGCUAACCAUGAACAAAUUCUUAAUUUUAUUAUGUAUAGGUCGAAAAAUUUUCUUAGACUAGCAGUUUCAACAUCACCAAAGGUUUGAUAUCAUUCGAUCCAAAUUUUUCUUCCUUUUCAUUGACCUAGAGCGCACCACGUGACCUACAAAUAAUUGCCUAUAAAUAAUGGUCUGCUCAUGCGCCAUGUCGUUCAACUGUGUUCGGCUGCAGAUAAUAUUCUGCUCAUGCGUAAAUGAAACCACUCUUUUCUCUUUUUUUCGAUCAUUCUUGUGUUAAAAUAUAGGAGCGCUUCGCUUUCCGAAGAUUAUCACUAUAAAACAAACUUGGUGAACGAAUGUUAAAACAAUUACUGAACUCGGUUAUCACAAAAUAUCGUGAUUUGUCAGUGGCGAGUAGAUAAAUUAUUUGCCGACGCCGUAAUUGUUAAUUACUCCCCUUUGCUUACAGGAUGAGGAGGACCACCUGGGUCUUGAAAAUCUGAGCCUCAUUCGGGACAGCUUGAGUGGCGAAAGCUUAAUGGGGUGAGUUGAUAGUAGUCUGAAAUGUUCAAUGAAUUCCCUACUUGCUGUAUUCGUGAUGGUUGUCCUCCUGACGAGUCUUUUUUUACCGCAUAUUUAAUCCUCAAAUGAAAUAUCGCUGCCAGUUUGUCCUCGGGAAAAAAUUGACUCACUUGUUUGUCGCGUAUCAAUAACCCGCAUUAUGUACUUCUUUUUACUCUGACUAGUUAGACGAAUUCCAUUUUACUGUGGCACUCUCUAUUAUUAUUAUUAUUAUUUCUUUUUGUGAAGGAUAGUUGUUUCAAAACUUUCAUCUGAUGCAAGCAACGAAUCCACGGUGUAGCUAGUAAGCAACUUGACAGGCAGAUCCAGUUUUGAUUCUCUUUGAUUUUUGCGUCUCCCAGCACACUCUCCCUUCUUUAACAGUAACGUUAUUUGCGAAUGUCAAAUAUCAUUUCCAAUGCUCUUUUUUUAACUUGAUCUUUUCAAUAUUAUGUUUCUUUAUAGAGAGGGCCGCUAUUUGCUGAUUAUGACUGAACAUUUUGCGGCUUUACCAAGAAUUAAGCAGCUUUUGCUUGAAUUGGACGAAGAGGAGCCAUAUGUUAUUUUUGGCAGCAGUUUCCCAAAGGACCAGUUGUUCACUCAGGCAAGAGUUAAUUUCAUUCCCAAUUUGUAUUAAAGAAGGUCUUUGCUUCGGAAAGAGCCCUCUUUAAGCACAUUACUGGUUAGUCACGUGGUUGUUUUCCAUUCCUCCAAUGAUUUCCUGUAGUUUGCGACCCCCUUUUUGUGCUUAGUUUCCCCCAUCAGUCUUGAAAAAGCGUUAGAAAUAAAAAAGGAAAAUUGUCUCGAAAAAAAACUACUUAACUUGCUCCUUUUCAGACAGCUGUCGUUUUUUUCCUAAUGAUGCGUGGGCAAUUUUAUUAUCACAGGUCUGCCGCAACAUAAACCGCGUCAAGAUGUGCAUGGAAACAGGCAGGACUGUGAUACUGUUAAAUCUUGACAAUCUCUACGAAAGCCUUUACGAUGCUCUAAAUCAGGUCAGUUAAAAAAUUACCAAUCUAAGGAAUUCGCAAACAAUUUGCAACAUUACUGUUCGAUAAAGAAAUGAAGGACCCCUUUGUGAUUUUUAAGACAAAUGAGACCAAUUAGCUUGCUUUGUUGUUUUCCUAAAUAAAAUUGGAAUGGCAGUUUGGGGGCAGGGUGCUCAAGUGUAACUUCCUGUGGCAUGUGUUGCUUUACUUAUUUAUUCUGACUAUAGCAAAUAAAGAGUAUGCCUAAUUGUCAUUUUAUUUAAUUACAUAGUACUACGUCACUUUUGGUGGAGAGAAAUAUGUUGAUCUUGGGCUUGGAAACCACCGGGUAAAGUGCCGUGUUCACAAAGAUUUCAGGUAACAACUGAACCUUUGGAUGGGAAAAUUGAUAGGAACAUUGCGUAUCUUGUGAUUAUGCUGAAAAUUUUGGAUGAGACGCCAAGGCUCGCCAGUGACAUUGGGAAAAACUGCCUAGAGUUUAUUGAGAACGCAAAAAAUUCCAUUUUGUUUUUUGUUUUUGUAACAAUGUCGAUUUUUAGUGACUUAUACUGGUAACUUUAUCGUCCAAAGUCUCAUGCUCUAAGAAUAAUGGAUAGACCCAAAUUGCGUCAGGAAAAGGCCAAAAAAUAUUAGUACUUAGUAUAACAUCUUCAGUAUCCUUAGAACAGACGAUGAAUUUCUGAGUUCCUCGAACUGGCUUUCUCUCUAGGCUUAUUGUUAUCGCCGAGAAGGAUGUAGUUUACAACAGGUUUUCCAUUCCGCUUAUUAACCGCAUGGAGAAGCACUUCCUGGUCAUGUCGUCAGGCCUCACUGAAGCACAGAAGGACGUAACCAAGGAUUUACAAGGCUGGGUGGAGGACUUUGCACAAGUUUGUCGUCCGGCGUAUGAAAGAAAGAGGUUGAAAUUUGCAUUAAUAUUUUCUCCAAGGUUACCUCCACCUUAGCUUUGGUUUUGAACAAUCAAAUAUUACCUGUUAUGACCCAAUACUACAAAACUCCCAUCCCAUUUGCAUUCGAUGGAACAUACAGUAACUGCGGAAAUCCUCAAGACUGAUUUGUGUCAGUGCAUCUUUAUUCUGAAUCACACUAAGGCACCUGGGUUCUUCACAUGCAUGCACGAUUCAUAGCAAUUAUGUGUUUGUGUUUCUACGGCCGGGUUCAACAGGUACCUUACCACUUAAAUAACAGUGAAAUAUGUAUAUUUAUUAUAUGGCUGAGUCUGUUUUCGCCAUGCGGUUGGUCAAUUUGCGGUCCGUAACUUGCUUUACGGACCGAAAUUUUAAAGAAAAUGCUCAUUUCGGAGCUCUAAAUCUCUUCCUACCUCGGAAAAAAGGUUGAAAUUAAGUUACAAGACGUCUGUCAACCUUGAGGACUUAGAUUUUGACUUUGUGCUUCAACAUUUUGAGCUGUGUUUUAUUGGUGAACGAAGGCGAUGAACAAACUAACUCGUAAUCUUAUCGAAGAGGAUUCUAGUCAGUGUUUGAAAAUUUUAUCGUAGUACACAGUUAAGAAGACGAAAAUCGACUGGCAGAGAUUCGAUAAGUUUUGCCUAAGAGAAACUGAGUAAUUUCUUUGACAAAUAUGAUAACAAACAUGCUUGCACCCGAUCAACGAAAGAAAGAUAGAGUGCUCUGUGAUUACAGUGCUCUUAGUUCUGGGAUGUUGACUUUGCUUUUCCAGAUUUUAACCUAGCUUUAUUUGAACGAGAACGAAGCUGAUGUAGAAACUGAAUCGUAACCUUUGCGUGGAAGAAAAUAUGGUCCGUGUUUGAAAAUUUUAAAGCAGAUCACGCUUGAAGACUAAUGAAUGAACUGGCUGAAAGUCGAGAGGUUUUUCCAAAAAAAAUUAACGAGCGAAUCUUCGACAAUGACAAGAAACUUACCUUGAAAACCUUCUUUGCCUUUUGCAGUGUUCUUUUUUUUUACAAGGACCAACGGAGGAAAGAUGGAAACGACUUCGAGAAAGACACAGUGCCAACAAUUCACGGUGCCGGGUUUUCAAAAUACUCCAGCGUUACAUUAAAGAGCUAAAACUUACAGCACUCUUAGUUUUGACCAAAUGAACUUUUUCAACAUGGCGAAUUUGUUUUCACUUUCUCGGAAACCCUUUGUUGUGUGGUAUUGUUUUUUGUGAGCCAAUAAAAACUUUCUUUCUUGACGCCUGUCAAAUGAUUGUCAAAUCGCGCGUCCUGCACUUGUUUCCGGUUCGCGAAACUGGAAGAAGCCAUAUAAUAAACAUCUUAUUAGCCUUGUUUUUUCGGUCCGGACUGUAAAAUACGUAAUUUACAGUACGGCCCGAAAACUCGGCUAAUAAGAGGAAUAUAUUUGCCUUCAGCCGAACAUUCACAAAAGGAGACGCAUUUAUUGGUUACCACGAAGAUUGCGUGCCAGCUGUAGUGUUGCAAGUUUGUGCUGAACUUCAUGAAGACGGCUCCGACUUAUCAGAUGUAGAAAGGGAAGCAUGGCAAGAGAAGGUACUUUCCCUCAUUUUAUGUCACUAUUUUAAUUAUUUUUUUAUUCAUUUAUUUACAUGUUUUUAUUUCGUUUCUUGGCUACUUAAAAGAAAAAACGAGACUAUAAAAUUACCUUGACCCUAAAGAAAAACUAUGAAAAAACCUUGGAGACUCAAAUGGUGUUAGUAACUCAGCUAUCACGCGAGGAUUUUGUGAGUGACAGCCGCAGAAAACUCUCGGUAGUGUUGCUGGUAACCCUCUCUGAUCUCUUGAUUCCCAUAGGAUUUCCCCUAUUUUAUUGCUUAAGAUUAUCUAAAUUGCUUGUUUUCUCUCCAUUUUUCAGAUAUUGAGGUGCUCCCAGGAACGUCUAUUACAGUGCGCGACUCCUGAUUCUGUAGCUCGUCUGAAUUCGUCUCGUCUGAUAAGAGAGGCGUCUAGUUUGUGGACUAAGUACUUUCGGGAGCAGGAACACUCAAGUUUGGCUAACUUUUUAGUAAAAACUCUGAAGGAGCUCAAAUUACAAGCAACAAAAGCAGCAGCACUGCGUGCUCAAGUAAGAUAACUUCAUGAGUACUCUUGUUUAUCAUAGUUCGUGCUAAGCUAAGGAACUAAAUUUCUAAAUUUUGUGAAUAAAACGCAACUUUGAGUUAAUGAAAAUAAUCCGAUAAGUAAAUCAACAAGAAUCCGUCCUUGACAGGAAACUGCCAUUAGAUGAUAUAAUCAAGAGAAAAAAUAACUUUGCAAAGAAAAGCUCUUAACGAAGAACAAGCAGUUUUGUUUCGCUUUGAUAUUCCAAUUAUGCAUUAACAUUCGCAUUAAAAAGAGGAUGAAUGCGGAUUUUAAUGUAUUUUAACCUGAGAUGGAACGCUGUGUGCGGUUUUUGCUGGCCCUUUUUGAGAAAUGAGCGCCUAACAGACCAGGCGUUAUUUAGUACACAACUUAUUUGAAGACCUUUUCUACCUUCUCAAGAGAAAAAACACUUUUUGCAGAUUUCGACACAUUCCCGCUUACUCUCUGACCGCGACAUCAUAUCCAUAGCGGAAGCUACGGGCCUUCCUGAAGGCUGUGUGAAAUGUGUCUCAUUACAGCAGUUCCAAACUGAGCAACAGUUCUGCAACUGCAUUGGGUAAGCUUAGUUAUGAUGGUAAAAGAAUCACAAAAUCUGUUAUAAAAUAGUACGUACGUAUUAAACACAAUUUCAAUUUCUCAUUUACUUUUUACCUCGUUUUUGACAAAGCGGUUUGCCUUUAGGUGAGAAUUGGGGCUAGGGGAUACUUCGUGAUGUUGAUGUCAUUCAUAAAAGGGCAUGAAUCGUAUUUAUUAGCGUGCAUUUCCAUAAAGCAUUUUACUUCCAGUGAAAGGUUAAAGGUUAUAAUCCAAUUCUAGCAUCACUGUUUUUCCUUCAUCAUAGGAGAGAGUUUUUUGCAAAACUUGGAGGCAGAGAAGGCCUACUGAUAGUUCAAUGUGAUUCCACGGACCGAACUCUAGACUUGGUUGCUUGUGCCCGACAUCUUCUCAUAGAAGAGUGCCGAGAAACGGAGAAGGAGCUGGAUGAAGAAUGCAUUGGGUCCAUUCACAUCUUGAUGAUUGUGCAACUGGCUAGAGUGGCUGGAGGAUGCCCCGAUUUUGUUGCAGUUCAAGGAGAAGGUUGGUUGUCAGUUCAUAUUGACGAGCUCUGCCCACCGAGUGAGGAGAUACCACACAUUGAAGCUAUGACGGGCCGCUCUGUAAGCAGAAUAUUUGAGAGUGCAAUAAACAAGACAGAAGAUAAUUUCACUGUGCGGCAGGUGCUAACUAGUUGUGUGCAGGAAGCUGCUAGUAGGAUUGAGGAUGAUGACACCACUGUUGAAAGGGCCACACGAAGAGUUGUACUGAUGGUCAGCUUACUUUCACCCAAAACGACUAUAACUCAUGAAAGUAUGUAUAAAUUUCUGUUGGUACUGUUGACAACAGUUCUUCAUCUAGAGCGUUUGCAAGACAUGUUAUGAUACAGUCAAACCCUAUCGUCGCUGUUACCUCUCUCUUUUCUCUUUUGAUCUCUUCUCUGCAUUGAGAGCACGGCUCUGCCUCAGUGUUCUUCUUACACUAAGGAGAUCUGGCUGUAGUACCCACUGCUACAUUUUUUACAGAGACUAUUUUGCAAACCAAAAAGACGAUUGGCUAAAAUAUCUUUAGAAGACAUACCCUGUUUAUUUUUCAAUACAACCAAGACACUUCUUUUUACAGCCUCUUUUUAUGUCGAUCGAGGAAUGUUAACAGAUAACCCAUGGUGAAGUUCGUACCUGAUAUUUUUUUUUCAACACAAUCUGUUACAUUAGUUUAUCAAAAGUUCAGUACAGGAGGAAAAGUUAUUGAGAAUUACUGUAUGGCACACGCAGUAUCACUCUUUUAUUUUAAAAAAAUUAACGAUGCUAAAUCCGCUUGCCAAAACCCUAAUAGAGUAAAGAAACGUUAUUAUAAAUUAAGUGGUCAUAAUAGCUCAUAAUGACAAACCUUUGUAGGUGAAGAAAGUUUUGAGGCAGUGCUUGCAGAACGUGUCUAUCAGUUGUUGCAAGAAAGAGAUCUACGAGCACCGAAUGAAGGAAACGAAUGGCUUGAAACUGAGGCAUUAUCUGCCACUACAAAAGAAACUGGAACGUUCAAGAAGGCAUUAUGGCGUCGCUUCCAGUCCGUUGUCGCCCCAUUUCUGGCAGAACUCAUUGCAUAUGUUGACCGAGAUGGAAAUCUUGAACUGGCAGCUAGCGAAGACGAUUGGAUCGUAAACCUGUGGUUGAAAGUUCUUCGAAACAGUUCUUUCACUGAACUAGAGUACGAUGACUUUUUGGUCCAAAAGGGAGAUGCCUCUGUUUUGAGAAGAAAGGUUCCGGUCCAAAAAUCAGGAUAUCGCUCCCAUUCAUUUCAGUGCAAGUUACCAUUUUCAUGGCUUCUCAAGGAGCGUAUGGACGAGUUGCAUCGAGAUGCGCGGAAUAUAGCAGGUAAAGGAAAUCUCCAAAUAAAUUGCUUUUUGCGAAGUUAAGAAAUUAAUUAGUUUGUUAUGUGCGUCUGUGCGUCUAUGAGAAUGUAAACGGAAUUUGAUUAACCCAGAAUGUUUGAAAGCUGCAUUUCGUCACAGGGAAUAAAUUACCGUUCUUUAAUCGCUGUUCAAAGUGCAUGGCAAUACAGAUCCCAGUUGUAUUCAAGACUUUAAAUCUGAUGAAUCAAUUACACCACUGUUUCUCUGUUGAUGCUAUAAUAAUGAUGCUAAAAUGGCCGAAUAUUGUUUGAUUUAAUGGUUGUCGUAGCAAUAGUAUACUUCUGUUGAGAACAUCCUUACCCUGACCUUCAAGUGUUAUUGCUCAAAAAUUAGUUCAGUAAUCUAAUUUUUUUCUCGACAUAUUCUAAUAUACUUAAUGUUCUAGACUGUGCUGAAAUUAGAGGCGCAGAAAUUCUCGACACCUAAGAAAAUGUGGUGGUACUUUAUAUAUUUGAAAUUAGUUAAGACUGAUCUCAUACUCAUGAAUACGCGUAAACGCCACUAGUCAUUCAUUCAUUUACUUUGAUCGCCAUACUUAUUUCAUUGUUAUCGCGAUUUUAGUUAACUCCAAUGAAUCCACAACUGAAUGUAUGCGGAACCUGCUAAACAAUUCACAAGUACAUGAAAUUUUGUCAGAAGCCAUCUCCGAUGGCGGGGAAGCGGUGGCAGACCGCUAUUUGCACGAUUUUGCGCACAUGACGUACACACCUCAAGGAGAAUACGAACUAGAGGUAACAGUUGACCAUUUUCCUAUUUGACGUUGAUGAAUGAAAGUAAUCCGAACAUUACUAGCUGGAUAUGCUUUGAAUUGGACACUUCAGUCGACCCGCCCUUGCCAUUAACCAAUUGCUUUUUCUCAUGCUAGUUGGGAAUCGUUAUCCUGUUUGAUCUGUAUGUAUGAUUAUUUGAGUGGCGUUCCCCCAAAAUAGAAAUUGUAUUUUAGCCUCACUUCAAGAAAAUUUUUCAUCUUUUUUUCCAGAUUGUUCUGAGAGCGAUUGUAGCCGCGGCAAAAGAAAUGCAUUCUGAGAGGUCCAUCGGAAGACCUUUUGAAUUGGACUUGGCAGCCAUACAUACAGCACAUUUCCGUAUAAGGCAACGGCUUACUUGGCUGUCACAGCUACUACAUUACAAGACUGAUAUAUUACCAGAGCUAUGUAGCAGUUUUUCUUGGGAUGAAAACGAGAUGGUAAGGCCUAUACGUAUGUUUUUUUUUUUUUUAUCUUUUUCAUGUAUAUUCUCAUCAAACCACAAGUCAAAUUUCUGGAAGCCUGUGCCAUAACAAUGUGACUUUUUCGGGCAAUGGCAAAGAGGAGUACACUGACAAAAACAAAAAAACUAAAAAAAAAACACGAGCAAAUGCAUAUCUGUUCACUCUCGUAGUCAAGUAAUUAUGUAAGGUUUUGGACCGUAAUUAGCAUCUUAGAUUCCUGACAUAAAAAAUAUAAAACGCAGACCUGAUCAGAGGUCGAUUUUCCAUUGGUAAAUGGUAGUAUAGCCUUGGGAAAAUCUGGUGUUUAUUUUUUUCAUUUCAACCGUUUCUGACGCAUUUUAUUUUACAGUGUGCAGACGCCUGUGCCUUGCAAAUGUGUUUGGAGAGUUUAGAGCCUCACCAAGAAAAUGUCUCAGGGCCAACACCAAGGCGGGAUUGGUGUGAUGAAGUAUUAUCCUUAAAAGUACCAGUGGAAGCAAUGAUUGGUAAAUCAUUCAAAGACAGGCCAACAGUUGGAGAAAAAACUGAAGCAAUACUCACACAGUGCAGGUUUUCCUAAAUAAUAUUUCUUAUUGAUUUUAGAUAGAAAUUGGUUUUUCUCAACAACUGUCAAGAAUUCAUCGACCAGCCUUCUUUAAAAUUUUCAGGUACAUGUGGCAACGUCUGAGUGCAGUGAGAAUGUUCAUUGAGAAUGUGUACCCAUCACAGAUCAAUCCCGAUGUUGAGCAGAUAAUUUUGAAGCUUUGGAAGGUAAGAAAUAGGAUAAAUUCGGUUUAUUAUCUAUAUUUAAAGGUUCAUACUCUGUGGUUGUACUUAUUACUUAUUAUAAACCCCACGCGAAGCGUAGGCCAUUUGCAAAUUCACUCAUUCAUCUACGCUCAGAAGCUCUUUUCCUGGGAAAACACCUCCUAUAGUGGUCCAGUUUCCUGUAAAUAUCCAGUCUCUUUUAGGGUGCAUGUUUUUUCUUCAGUUUACCGUGGGAUUUCCAUCUGAGCACCGUCUUCGCGAUUUGUAAUGCUUUUAACAUUUGACCAAACCACUGCUAAUUCUAUUUCCUUCAUGAUCAGUCGUUCGAAAAGCGCUUUCAUCAUAUUUUCUUAAUACCUCGUUUUUCACUGUUCAGAAGAUGAUCCUGAUCCCUAAAACGUUCCUUUUUCUCUUCCAGGCUUUGGGUGAAAGGACAGACUUUUCAAAGAAAGCCUCUCUUGAUGUUGUUGAAAGAUUUUUACUAAGCUGCAGUGAGGAUUCUUCUCAACAACAUAAGAAGUAAAUAGCUUCAGUUACGAUUUUAUAAGUAACAGCUGACUUGUGGAAAAAAUUGUUGCCGUAUGGUAUAAGUUGUUUACGUUUCAAAUAUAAUCACAAUUUCCACCCUUAUUCGCCACUAUUCUUCUUUUUAACUGUAUUAAAUUUUACGCUUACCAUCAACAUGUCUGUGAUGUUCUUUUCUUCCUGUGCAGAGACGGCAUGGAAAGUCAUGAACAGUUUCUUCAGCGCUGCAACGCGUUUUUCAUGGAUAUCGUUUCUGUAUUUUGUUUCGGGGAAGAUAUUGCUAAGUUGGAUCCAGACGUGUUUGAAAUGCUCAUGCGAUAUGCCAUGGGAGAGGAGUUGACAGAAACAAAAGCCUUUUCUCCAUUUCCUACCUUUGGAAUGGACGCCAGUCCUAUAGUCAGAUCAUUUCUCUUACAACAUCUUAUUAAUUCCAGGUGAGAUUCUAUAUCUUUGCAUAAAUCAGCAUUUGUGGCAUAAAUCAGCACUGGUUUGUGGAAUAGAUCAGCAUUUUUAGGCCUGUUUGUCUCUUUACAUUGGUCAACAUGCUCCAUUGAUAUGGUUCGGAAUAGUUUUGGGUGUUUUUCGUUUUGGGGCGGAUUCAAUUGUAACACACACGUGUAGCCGUUGCAUUUUUCCGUCGGAAUUUGCAAUCGUUUUUAAGCUUGAAAACAAAGACAAAUUCGCCAACGGGCAAAUUCGGCAUCAUUACGAGUAUUCUGCAAAUUGAUUCUCCCUCACUUUUCCAAGGGCUUUUGGUCACAACUAUGAUUCACGACAAAUACGUUUUUCACAAACGUAACUAUAUUACUAAGGUAGCGCGUGGGCCUUAGUGAGAGCCAACAUUGCCGGAGCUAAAACGAUGAUUUAACGUGAUACGAACAACCCAGUGAAGAUAGGAACGAUGGUUUCAUCCAUUCGACAUGACGUAUGCGAAUGUAACUGUAUGGACAUGAGAAUAGUAAUAAUAAUAUUUUCUGUGUUUAAUUCUAUUAAAUAUUUAGUGACCAGGAGGCCAUGAGGCAUCUUGAACGGUUCUUUUACAAAGCUCAGGGAUUGUCCUCAGAAACGCCACAUGUUCUGAAAGUUUGUCUCCUCGUUGUGCAAUGCAUGGAGGUAGGCAAGGAUCCAAUAUAUAUUGUGUUACUUUACGAAUAUGAUAUAAGUGAACGUCAUUCAAGUGUAAAUGGUGCGGCGGCCUUUUUAGCUUCAACUCUUCUUUUAAAGCUUCCGUUAUAGUUUUCAGUUCUUGGAAAAAAAGCUGGUAAUUCCAAAGGGUGUCUUUUAACGGAAGGCAUUUAUCAUGUUUAUCUUCUUCCUUUUCAGAACUUUUGGGCCAGUUACUGUGCCAAGAAUUCCGUCAUCGAAGUUCAAGUUACCAUUGGUAUUGUCAAUGAUUUAUGCCAAAGUGCACUAGAACUCCUGACGAGGGACGUCUCAGGUUGUGAUGAGCUAAAUGUGUCUUCCUUGGAAGCUAUAGCAAAGGCGCGCUGCGCUUUGACCAAGAUCGCAGAGUUUAUGUAUAUGAGUGUCGUCAGUGAUGAUGAAAGAUGGUCCAACCAAAAAACACGCGCAGUCCUAAACCCUUUGUUUAAUCAUGUCCAGGCGCUGUGUGCUUCCGUCCGGUCCAGUUCGCCCAGUAUCUUUCUCCUCAAACAGCUAGUUAAGCGUUACGGAGUGAAUUCCAUUGCCACAGUAUCUCAAAAGGAAGAGCUUUCUUGGAUAGUUCCUGCUGAAUUCAGACAAAUAGGGGUAAGGGAUUUCAAGCAAUCUUUCUCAAUCUUGCUUUGUAAUGAAAGUCCUAGAAAUGCAAAACCAGUUUAAGUCAGGAAAAUGGAAUUUGUUCAUUCUACAUCUUUCCCCCAAACUUGUUCGCUAAGCGUUUGUUAACCUUUAAUAGGGUGAUGGAAUGACGCUAGACAGGUUCUUGGUUUACGGAGAGUACUAUCACAAACUGAGAGAUUCUUUAGCAGGCGCCAUGUUAAGUGAAAAUAUGGAUGAACUUAUUGCAUCAUUGGAGGUAACUUUUGCCCAUUUCUCAGUCAAUUUGUCAACUUCAACAUUAAUGCCGAGGAUUUAAUGAAUCAGCUAUAUCUCCAUGGCCUUGCGUUCUACCAGCUUUUAAAUUUGUGCGGAUGUUCACGUUUCUUGUAGGCGAUGGAUGGUAUGCCCCGACAUGCAAAAGAUGUCAUAAUACUCCUGGCUUUGUACCGAGAAGUCGGAGUGUUGCCGGGGGAGGGGGAAAACCAGCAACAAGUUGGCUCUAAGGUAUAUUUCAAUUCCUGAAUUCUGGAUAAAGUAUUUUAACAAUUCAGUCACGCAACCACCAUUUAAUAGUAAAAGUCAAAUGUUUGCAGCCAUUGUGAUUGCUGUUAUUGAUAUUAACAUCCUAUUUUCACUUCUACUGAUUUUUAUACUGGAAAAGCUUGAGUCUUCAUCUGAGGUUCUCUUUCACUUUUGUCACUGAAAUUAGGUUGCAAUGUGUCUAAAAUGACUAAAUUGCCCGUCUAGUUGCACCCUUUAAUUCCUUUAUAUCACCCUUAAUUUUGUCUACUUUCUACCUUUUAGACGUGCCAAAUGGUAAAAGAUGUCAUUUUGAAACGUGGCAAAUUUCUUUCUAAAACAGUAAGUCUGAAUGUUCUUUUUAAGGUAAGGCGCUGCUCUCACAACUAGGGCCAAGUAAAUUCUAAUUUUUCUUUCCCGCAAAUCAGAGCUCACAGCGGCUUCGUACAGACCUUAUUGAACCACGUUUACUAUCUUUUAUCAAGAGUGCGACAGGGAAAUCCCGUGAACACCUUAAAUAUGUCAGGAAUGUUUGAGGACAAAAAAACUGAAUAACAGUUAUAAGUUGGGUUUAAUCGAAACCAAAAAAAUCGAAAAGGUAAAAUUUUGCCUAAACUAAUGUUAAAAUUGUGGAAAUUGGCUCCGAAAUAUCGGCUGAACGUUGAAUUGGUGAUAAGUUUUUAGUGUACAAUAAAUCGUUCAUGUUUUUUUAAUCUGUGAUGCACUUGUUCUAUAUAUUUCAGAGUAGUAGAUGAUAUGUUGAAAGCAACAAUUGCUUUGGAGCGCAAGUGACUGGUGAAAGGACAAAUACAGGCGCUUUUCUGUUUCUCUAUGAGUUUGUCCCAUUGGCGGCUCCGCCGCGAGAAAUGUUUCCCAAACUCGCACAAGUGAGCCUGCUCCCAGGUUACUGACGUGUCAGGUGUUCAUAGUUUUUCCGGUCGCACUGUAAAUCAAUGACAUGAAAUUUGUGAAAUGAGAAAAUAAACAUCGUCCUUGUUAUACACCUAGUUUAAGCAACUGCAGAAGGAAGCCCGAGAAUUUUAGUCAUAAAAAUUUAAAAUUCGCCUAAGAUUUCAUAACUGACUUGUACUUGGAAGGGCAUCGAACUGGUAACACGGAGGUCAUAACUGUAUCGUUUAUUUUUGGGGGGAUAUGAAUGGCUGAUUAACUGAUUGGUUGGUCGGUUUUUUCUUUGGUUUAUUGCCUGAUUGAUGGAUUGAUUGACUGAUGGUCUGUCAGGUAAUGAGUAGGUGAUAACCCAUCACACUCAUUUGUUCAGUGUGUUUGCUUAUUAUUAUAGGGACGGCGUUUGGCUCGCCCACUUCUGAAAAAUUCAACAGAGAAGAGUUUUCCUUUUCUCGCAGUCUCAGGGAGGCAAAAAGACAACGAAAACGCUUUGACUGAGCUGUUGAUACAUGCAGCUUCAGUCCUCGAGUGUAUCGAUUUUGAUGAGUUGCUGGAGCCCUUAAGUGCGAUUCUUCUGAAUCCGGAAAAAGUACUGGUAAGCCGAAAGAGAAGUGUGUUGCAAAAUUUUAAUGACUCGAUAUAGGAAAAUUAAUGUUACGUGUGACAAUGAUAUUUAUUUCUGAACAAAAUAAUUGGUUUUAUGCCUUAAACGUAGUUGUCACAGGAGCGCCAGGAUCAAUACUUUAAGGCUGAUAUUUUGUAACGAAGAUUCUCCGAAAGUUAAAAUUACAAUAGAGACAUAAAGGCAGAGGUUAAGACAACAAAACGGGUCAAUUUUGGAUUUCUAUCAUGCGAUUUCCUUAAAAUUUCAUAAAAUAAAUUCUAAUUACCGUUAGGUACUAAAAUAAAACCUCUGUACCCUACCAGAUAGUGCGAUUUUUUUUUUUUUCAAAUGACAUUUUCCAUUAUUUUCGUUACUUUUUUAGAACACCUAUCUCCCAACUAUGCCCGAAGACAGCCUUGAUGAAACAUUGUCAGCCAUGAUGAAGGAGGGCGGUCAGUUUUAUGGUAUGUGCAAUCCUUAGUACUUAGUUCUUCUCGUCAUAAACUUUUUCUUCAAGCCAUUUGGCUGUUUUUCGGCACGGUUUCAAGGUUUAAUUAGAUGCUUUUCUAGUUCUGUUCUUUAGAAACUAGACGAAAUCAGCGGAGAAACAUUUUUGCAUAUUUUUCAAUUCCUUCCGCUCAGUUUUAGUCUGAAAUUCGGCUAUUUCGUAUUAAGCUCUUUCUACAAUUUUUGGUGUUCACUUGUGCAUACACAGUUAGGCUGCCGCACCCUUGCCUGCAAUCGAGGUCGCGGGCUAUAACUCAUCGUAACGGUGGAAUAUUGCCUACGUCUUCCAAAUUUGGUAAGUGGUGGCUGAUUAUGAGGAAUAAGCCGGAGGAGUAGAGCCAAUCAGAAAUGGUGAAAUAUCUUGAAUGAAUAAUUAAGAAAAUUGAAUAAUAACUGAAUUAUCCAGUUUGUAUCUAUAGCAAUAAAGUUGUCGCAAAAUGGGUAAUUUAAACUUUUUAAGAACUUUACUAACUAGAGGUUCAUCUCUUAAUUACUGAAUCCCAAAUCAAUGUUAUACUUCAGUGUGUUCAGCGUCCUCUGUCUUUCUUUGUUUAGAAUGUCCAGCAGGCCAUCGAUACUUUGUUGGUGACGUAAGUAUCUUGUUUUAAGUUAGCAAGAAAAUUAUGACCUUUAAUUCUUAAAGUAAUUUUUUUCUCAAUAAAAGGGUAGUUGAAAUAGACGAAACCUUGAGAAUGGUCUUGUACUUAGAAGAGCAGAACAGUACAAGGCGCACGUGACCAAAACACAGUUACUUCUUACUUCCUCUGUUUGUCUAUUUGAUUUUUUGAGGGUGCUAAUGGGGGUACCCAGUUCUCAGUUAACUACUAAUUUUUCGGCCAAAAAUCAGUUAACUACUAUUUUUUUGGCCAAUUCUCAGUUAACUACUAAUUUUGGUUAGCUAUCAACUUUCACUUAGCUACAGCGAAUAUUAUUCCGUCAUAACCCGAAUUUUCUUUACUUCACCACGUGAAUCAAUUUUGGGGGUUAGGCCCUACUAAAUUCCGGUUUAAACUUACAUGAAUUCACAUAAACUCCGCCACUAUAGUACCAUUUAUAAGAAACUGAAAAUAUCGAAAUUAAAAGAACAUAGUUAUCUUACCUAAGUAGUAAAAAUGGGUAAGCGAUAGCUAUUAAGACUCCUGUUAACCAAUUUUUGCUGUAAGUACAAAUUAGAUUAAGUCGUAUAACCAUCAACGUACACCAAAAAUUCUUCAAAGUCACCUUCUUCGUCACUUUCAGUUCAUUAUCUGAAUCAGUCUCGUACUUCACUUCCUUUUUCACUAGUGUGGAAGACCAGAUCAGGAGCGCAAUUGUCCUAAUUGCUCAGAGUCCGUAACAAUUGGAGGGGUAAAACACACAUUGGCUCAAUCCAACAGACCUGUAAACACGAGGUAGGCUAGCAUGCCCUUUGUCAAAUCCACAAAACAACAAUGGAAAGGGCAAAGGCAAGAUAUCACUGCUCUAGUUUGUAGAGUAGGCAUCACACUAUUUCUACUAUAAUGGUGAAGGAGUAAGGGGCGAAAUUGCUAGGUUUUUUUACCAAGUUUAUGCGUACACCACGCCAUACAUAAAUUAGGCUCGCUAAUACACAAAAGGGAAGGCCUUCAAGCAGUUUAAACGAUAAGAGAAAGACAACUUAGUUUUCUAGUCCGAGCGUAAGCAAACAAUAAUCGAUGAUUUUAAGCGAUUUUUCCCACAUAAUGUCAAAAGUUUAAGUUUACUUCUCCGUUACCCGUAUUCAGUCACAGAAAGACUUCUUCUAACAGUUUUGAUGCAGUGCGAUAAGCCUCUAGGCUAGACAAGGAAAGAAUGUCGCUUUGUAAAAUCCCCGUUUUCCUUUCAAGUGACAACAAAAAAUCCUGUUGUCUAGAUAACAAACCAUCGAAUGAGUGAUACUAUACUGUUGUCAAACUCUUCCUUACUGACACCAACUUUUUAAUCUGGACCCUCUUCUAUUAUUGGACUGGUUAUUGGUACCAAAGAUACCAAACUUCUUAUGUUAAAUUGACGAAUCGGUCUAGGACACAUAAACUUCUGUAAAUACUGUUUAGACACAUGACCUCUGUCCCCAUAUAAUAUUCAUUAUGAGAAUAUUUAUUAUGAGAGAAGAGGUAGAAUGAAACAGUGAUGGCACACUGGUAAUAUUUUAUUGAUAUAUUCGAAUUAAUGUGAGCACCUAAUUACGUGGUAUAUUGAUGAUGUAAAACCCCUUAUUUUCUUGAGCUAAAAUUGUCAAGUUAUCAAAUGAUUAUCCAUUGGUGUAACCCGACAAGGAGUCUCCUCGAUAAGCCCAUAAGGGCUUCUAAGGCUUCCUGGUCAAUAUGGUAAUGAUUUCUUUUAAGUACUAACAAAAAAUGUAAACCUGUCUUACAUACAAUAUUGAGCAAUAAAGUAUAUAUCCUUUACUUGUUAAGGAGGUUUGAUUAUAGUGGUAUCACAUUAUUGUCUUACUUUAAAAAAACAAUUCUUUUUCCUCAGUGUUGACCGUUCUACCAAAGGACAUAUUUUAGGAGUACCCCAGAAAUCAAUCGCAGAAAGAGAUCUUUCUCCUGCAACUGUAAGCCUAUUAAGGAUCAUUCUCCAUUCAGCCAUGCUAGUGUCAGCCAGUAGGCAACCAGAGGUAACUAUCGCAAAUUAUAAAAGAGAAAACAAGUUGACUUAAGAAUAAAGAAUUAAAAUUAUAGCACUAGUUCCUGCAAUUAACUUCAUUAGACACCGCGAUUGAUGCUAGUGGGUCUCUAGGUAAAGGGUUUUUUUGGAGUGUUAUAACAAGGGUUUCUAAAAGUCAAAGCUUAAAAUUAGAUAUGCUUUUAAUCUUAAUAAACUAACUAUAUAUUUUUAGCAAAUAAGGCAGCUGAUAGUUUAUGAUGUCCAAGAAGAUGAUGUCUGUAGCUUUCUUUGGGAACAUCUUGCCAAUGACGUGCGAAGUUUAUCCACAAGCUUAGACAGGAGCGAGGAUGACGUGCUUUUGGCAGUUCAUCUUGUUUUAUCUGAGAUCGUGUGGCGGGCAACAAACAGUAAGUCUGGAAAUCACUACUUGUUCAAAUUUUAUCAGUCUUUUACUUUGGUCAAGCAAGGGUGGCAUGGUGGUGAGAACACCCACCUAUCACAUUUGUGUUUCCCUGGCUCGAUUUUAACGAUAGUUUCCCUCCGUUGCUCCGAGAUUUUUUCAAUGCUUAGGCGGGUUUAUCUGCCCUCUCCUCAGUUUCCAGUUCGCCCAAGAAUAUGGAAGACCUUGAACAACUGAUACUAAGCCAUUAAUUUAUUUUCGUUCCUUCUUUCUUUAUAAAUCCAUCGAUCAUAAUUUGCAGGAAAGAUCUAAAUCAAACUGGUAGAUGUUGUGCUAUUCGGGGCAGGAAAGGGUACUCUCCAACGGCGAGGGCAAGAUAGAUGUAGAGGAUCUGCGCAGAAAAAAGUUCGUGAGAAAGUUUUAAUUGGCUACAAUUUUUUUCCUUUUCUAAUAGGAUCUCUGGAGCCAGAAAGUGGCCUGCUUGGCUUAGAGAAGAUAUCAUUUUGGUCCACAAAAGAACAAAGAAGAAAAUGGGAGAAUGAUUUUGUGACUAUCUUUGUGAGAAAGAUUUUAAUGGUAAAUGGCUUUUUUUCAUUUGUCUAUCGAGUAGCCUUUUUAAUUCCUAAGUCUUGUUUCUACAUAAAAAAAAGUUGGUUUUCCCGAGCUGGAAGAAAAAUCAGGCUCAAGCAAUGGUCUCAGGAUUUGAUCACUAGAACCGGUUUUAUGUGUAACAUGUUUGUUCGAGUUGAGUCCAACUGUCGCAGUGCAUCUUAUCUGUGUAUUAUCAAACAAUUAACGAAGAGCUUCGUGGAAAAGUAAUUUACGGAAAUGUUUGUUUAAAGCAGUUUUGAAAGUAACAUGUAAAUUUAGACAGGCCUAAAAGCCAAGCUUCCGUUUAUAUAGUUAACAUGAUAAAAGCAUGGAUGUUUGGGUAACAACUUCAUAAAAAACACACGGCCUUUUUUUAUAUUCAACUUUUAAGUUAAUUUUCCAUUUAUUAAAACACUUAGUCUUGUGGAAACUGAAACCAUUUUAAUGAUUUUAAAAAGAAACUUACAUGCGAUAGGGUAUUCGGUCAAUGGUUGCCCUUUGACCAGAAGCCCGUGUGCUCUUACAGGCUGCGUUAAUGGAUUAUUGGGAGAACAUGAAAUUAAUUACUUUUAUAGGCGGCAUAUUCAAGGCCUCGAGAAAAAGAUAACUUGGAUUUCCUAUUUUGAAUGGAAAAUAUUAUCUUACCUACGUAUUUAGUUCACUAGACGCUGCGUGGGUAAAUAAACGAUUGAUUGAUUGAUUGAUCGAUCGAUCAAUCAAUCAAUCUUACGUUUCCACUGGUUAUAAAUAACCAUUUUUGUAAUGAUGGGUCUUCUAUUUCAACAGGAUCUAGAAGAAAGGUUGCAGGCCUUCUACGCGGAUUCUGUAAACGACAGAAGACUGGGUAACUGCAUAUUUGCUUCUGGCUCUUUGUGCACCUUCUCACUGCUUAUAAAAUGAAAGGGAGCACCGGGCAAAGACAAACCCACGUUUUUCUUUGCAACGAUGACAACAGUUAUUAUGUCUUUUACAUCAAAAUGAUGUUGUCUGUGCUAUUUGCGCCUGUUUGCGAUGACAGUGAGGACAAUAAAUAAGAUCGCAAAUUAGAAAAAAUUUUUACAUCCAGUGCUCUUUUGCUGUCUUUUCAAUUGAAAUUAUUACGUCAUAACUUUGAAGGUGCUGCCCUUGUAAAAGUGUAGUCGAUCAUAAUUUUGAUCCUCUGACGUACAUGCAAACUCAUACCUCCCAUCUAGCAUUUUCGUUAAGUUUACUUAAGAUAUUUUGAAACGUUUCUACCCGUAAUAGAAAGCCUGUUAUGUCGAUGAUGUUCACAUUAUGGGCUGCUGGGGUCUAGUGACAUUAUCGAACUUGACAGGAAAAAAGAAAAUUAGACAAAGAAAUCAAAUACUUGCUCAUAGGUGUACUGUACUUCCCUUUUCAACUUAAAAGCGUUUUUAUGAGUUACCAUUGAAUUUUCAUAUCAGCCCUUAAACCAUACCUUACUUGUCAUUUAAUAUCUGCUAUAUCUAUGGGCCGAUUUUCACCAAUUUUGUAAUAAAUGUGUCUCAAAGAUAAACAAACAGGUACUGAAUUAACCAAGUGCCCAGAUAAAAUCCUCUUCAUCAAUUUAAAAAACACAAGGGGUGCCAUCCAACCCCACCUCCGUGACAGCCUUCCUUUUUCAAGCAUUAGAAUGAGCCGCAUCCGGGAUCAUGAAUAACCAGUGACGUUCAAGCAUUCUGCGCGCUGAUCACGAACGUGUUAAAAUUUACGCAAACGUAUUUGUCACUCAAACAAAAUGAUCUUAACAGUGAUGAUCCAUUCCAGUAACUGUCCAGUCCAGCUGCACCCACUUUUUCCGUGUCCUAAGAAAUUUGCUCCAUAGAGCUUUGACAUUAACUAACUCAAUUUUGUCCAAACUUAGGAAAUGACCCACUCAUGCGAGAGGUUUACGAGGUUGAUGCGCCUUCUCCUCCUCGAACAGUGACAGAAAUUAACCCUGGGCAUGCAGCCUUCUGGAGAUACAGGACACGCGUAACAGUCGAACUCGUCAAACGAAAUUUUGAUGAUGUGGAGUCAAACAAGACCACUCAUAAGAUUCUUGGAAGGUUCCUUAAUGAGGUACCAAGUUUGACUUGAUUAGCGACUAUAAAUGACGCCGGAAAAAUGUAUCUGCUACUUUUAUUACUAAAUUACUUUCUAUUUAUUUGUGAAGGAACACAAACUCCGUGCAUUACAAUAUCUUCCGGACAUAGUGGCCUUACAGAGAAUAUUAAAUGAUCGCUUCCAUCGACGAAUUGAGAGAGAAAGAGCCAAUCAGUUAACAAUACGAGAUGUCCUGAAAGAUCUCCAUAAAGGUAGCUUAUUGAAGCCUAAAUAGCGUUAAUUCGAGGUUAUAGGUCUGUUUCCUUAAAAAAACACACAUUUUCAACUUAACAAAAAGUUCAUGCAUCAACGUGCGUAUGUCGAGAUAUUGAGCACGCGGGACGAUUGGAGAGCACGAAAGAGGGGUAAGAGUUGCUCGAGGCGCAGCCGAGAGCAACCCUAGCCUCUUGAGUGCUCUCUAAACUUCCCAAGUGCUCAAUAUCUCGACAUACGCACAGCUGAAGCAUGAAUUCUUUUUUAUACAAUAACUAACUAAAGAUAGUACGCGCGCUCUGAUUGGCCGAGAGGCGUGUUUGCAUGAGAGCAUGUAAUCAUGGUUGUGACGUCAAGAUGUUUUGCUUUUCGCGAGCUAAUCACGCAAGCACGAAUUUGGAAAAGGUUUUGGGUUGAAAAACUCGACAAGUUUACUUUAUUUACCCAUUUCCGCGUCGGUUGAAACUUGCAAAUCUUUAGAAACAUGCUGUGCCAAUUUUUUUUCGCUUGAGCUGACAAUUUUUUAGCGAGAAAAACACGUAUUUUAGAACGCAUAUUUUUUGCAAAACAAACUUAAGACUGAUUACGCCUACAAGCUUCGUGUACAAGACUUCGCGACAGGUAAGAUUUUCUCUUUUAAUCAAUACUCUAAACAAGAGAGUUUUGCUUUUUUCGUCUCGGGUUUGCAUAACUGUCUCGAAUUCUCCCAACCCCUCUCGUGUUUAUAUCAGGCUAUGCAAACACGGAAAACGUUUUCUAUUGCUUAAAUAACAUUAUCAAAGCGAUCAAUGCAGCAGUUAACUAAUUAAAAUUUUAUUAUUGCAACGCGGGCUCAAAGCAGUACGCGUCAGUGUCUACGUGACUAUGUAUUUUUUUUACCUCACAGUUGUUUUUUUUCUUGAAUCUGAGAAAAAGUUUACUCAAGUCGCUUAUGAUAACUACAAAAAAAUUGUAAAAUCCAUAUUAAGGUGCCGGAAAACUAUUAAUUCACCGAAAAAUUAUUUUUGAGAGAGACAAAUUUGCAAAGAAUGAUCUGCACACGCCAUAGCCGGCACAGUUCGAGGAGAUGACAAAAACAACACUCACCUCUUUUCCCUACUAUCGGUAAACAAAUUGGAAAGGUUUUCUUUUAAAUUACCUUAUAAAAGAUGGUAAACGCUUCAUCAUGUACUGUUGAGUUAUGGAUGCACUUGGGAGACGUCUUUGGAGGAUAGUGAUAAGCUCACAAGAACUCGAGGUAUAGCUUAUUGACGUCAUCGUCGUGCUCAAUGGGAAUAUGUAGCACGCUCGCGCUAUUGAAAUUGGUUAGGCGAAUAUUCCAGCUAUGUUAUAAUAAGUGGUUGAAUAAUAAUAAUUUUACAUUAAGAAAUUGUUCCUUCCUUUUCUGCUUAGUAUUUUAAAAUAAAAAGAUCGAAAACACCAUCCUUGUCAAAUUAAUGACAGACUGUACACAGUCACCACCUUCCACUAAAAUGCUCGUCAUUUGUGUCACGUUCAAUAACAUGUGUUUGGCCAGGUUAUUUUGCCCGUAACAGCAGAACAUUUAUUCUUUGCCCAGCGGCAAGGACCGAAGGCCUAAACGUAGCGAGGUUGAUGUGCAAUACGAUAUUUUAAUUGGCAAUUUACUGUACGAAAUUUUUGUCUCUCAAAAUACGUAUUCUGCCUUCUGGAUUAUUUGCAGCUGGGGAAUUCUGGGACAAGGAAAUGAAGUUUUACUAAAGAAAAGGGUAUAGUUGAACAAGGGUUAUGUAAAGAACAAACCUUAUACGCGAUAGAAUGAAAUAAAACAACAUCCGAUUUGCUGAAAUAUUUAAGUGAAGCAACUGCUGUUUUGCCACUAUAUUUUGAAUGUUUAUUUCUUUCUUUUUCAUAGAUCAAAAAGGGAGCGUACUCAAGCUGUUUCAAAGUUUCCAGUCUGCAUGGGAUCUUGUUCGUCACCAGUUAAGUUCUCAAGGUAUCAAUGGUGCUUUUUUCCUGAUCCCCUGACGUUAUAAAUGUAUCGCUUCGGAAAACAUUCUGCGAAUCUUGCAAUUCAAUUAGUUAUGAGUCAACCUAGUUCCCAGGGUUCUCUCCUACCCGCCCUACGCUCCUCCUAUCUCGCUCCGUAGGGCUAGCUACUUUCCGCUCACACCUCGAUUUUACGUAGUAUAGACGGCACUUUGCCUCAGCAGUUAACAGAUGUAAAUGCUGUUUAAGAGAAGUGUGGGGCAUUUUUGUGUCUGUAUUAGUUGUUUUGUAAUCAAUACAAAACAAUAUUUCGUAGCAUCGAGAUUUGUCACUGAUAUGCCCUUGAAAAAUUUGAGCACCCAGAAGUUAAGCAUUAUCAACACCAUAACUUCCCUUGCUUUCAGGACGAUUUGCUCCAACUGAAGAGCAGUGUACAAAGACGAUGGAGAGAACUUCGAGCGUGUCAUUAGUACUCCCAGCCAGCGAAGGGCCAGGCGUUUGUUGCAAGGGACUAAUGUUCUUUUUAGUCAAUGCCCACAAUGAACUUGUUCAAGCGUACCAAAGUUGUGAAAAUACCCGGUAACUUCACUAUCUUUGUUACUUUCAUCCAAGUUUCACGUAAUUAGCAUUUAAAACCUAAUUUUAAAAAAAUAUGUAGAUUCCAUUUUUAAAGCACCUUUUUUUCCUUAAACUACACCGAGCACAGCGCGCUAAAUUCCGUAAAUAUGCACAAAUUUUGGCUUGCAUCCCCAUGACCCUUGUAUCCAUUGCAAUUGCUGAAACGAUGUGCACCGAUUUGCUAGGUAUAUAAGGUAAUUUACAAUGAGUUUCCGGUGGCACAAAACCUCCCCCACGCCUCCAGCCCUUACCGCAAAUGUGCAACUCGCACUUGAUCUGCGUACCACGAGAGGCUGCAUUCCUAUUUACUUACUUCAUACAUCGCGCAGUCGCCUUCGAAAUUAAAGCCUUUUUGCGGCUCGAAAAACGAACCGGUACCAAUUUUAACAAAUGAUUUCUUAUAUUAUUGACAGUAAUCAUCAUUUUUUUAAUUUGAAAUAAGCUUAAUUAAGUUUGAGUAUGACUUUUUAAAAAUCCUAGUUUAUUAUGCAUGUCUUUUAUCUUAUACCAGACCCAAAGGCCAUGUUCCCCUCUCUGAGGUGUCGCCCUCGCAGCUGAUUGCAUAUGACUAUGAGAGGGACUUAUUGCCUAUGAUGUUGGCAAGCUGCAGCUACUCGCUAGAAAUGGGAAGAGAAACGCAGCUCCAGUACAACUGGGAAGCGCUAGAGAAGCAAAUCAUUGAUAGGUUCAUACGGGGAAGACCACAAGUGGAGUUUGAAGUAAGCAACGUUUUUAUAUAAUGCUCUUUACUGAAAGGAAAUUUAAGUUUUUACUAUGUUGAAAGACGUUUUAAUAAAGCCUUUUGGUAUUAAUAACCGCAUCCCUGAUUGGAGGUUGGGUGCCUGGAACAUCCAGGGGCGUCCACUUUUGGCAACCAGGCCCUAGACUGAGUAAUGCUUGAGCUCCCACAACAAGGAGAAACACGCACACGUCACACUGAUAAAUAUCUGAUUCGAAUGGAAAAAAAAAUUAAAGGUUAGGCCCCAGCUUCGGCGUCCCUGGUUUCAUGUCAAGGAUGGUUAGAUCGCCGGACGUUUUUUAACAGUUGUAACCGCUAAAGGGAGAGACUAAAAAUUCACGACCCCCUCCAAUAAAGAAUUCUUUGCUUCACUGAAAAGUGAAGAAUGAAAGAAAUUUAAAGUGUUUUGAAACAAACCAGGGACAAUGACAGUUUGUUAAGAAUAACCGUGGGGAUCAAAGUUUAGCAAAUUGCACUUUGGUUUUAACUCAUCGCAGGCACCUUUAACGUGAUUUUAAACCUACAAAAUUAUAGACGAAAAAACCUGUGUAUUAAAAAACCAUUUUUUUUUACAUUUCAGAUGGAAGAUUUUGUGUUUCUCGAGGAUGCCCGAGAUGAGUAUUCCUUUGCUGCAUUAAAACACAAGAUUCCACAGGUGCGUUGUUUUUACAUAAUUAUCAAGUAGUUUAUCAUCAGCAAUAAAAACUUUUACACGAGCAAAACAGCAUUUCUUUUCACAUUUUUUUUCUAUUUAUCUCGAAGGAGCCCAUUACGGGACACAUUCGUUCUCAGAUCCUGUCGGAGUUCAAAGAUCUCAAAGAUGUUACCGACGUAAUCAAAACGCUGGAAAUUACAGUUGGCUUUUUGUCUAUAAGUGGUGGAGACCCAGAAAUGAGCAUCGGUGACUAUUGCAGGGACGUGUUGCGAUUGAAUGAGGGAAAAUCAAGGCAGAAAAACAAGAAGGUUUUCAAUAAAAAAAUUAAACAUAAAAUGUAAUUUAUUUAUUUUGACAAGUACAGCUGUAGUAGUUAUUAGUUGUCCUAUGGUUUUAACUGGAGCGCGUUUCUGGUGAAGGACUGAAACAUGAUAUUUUUUGGUCCCGUACUGAAGAAAUGACUUUAAGUUUCUCUUAUGACACAAGAUUUUCUGUCUACAACAUUUAAACCAACAUAUGUUUGCCCCGAGCCCGCCCAGCCGAAAGUACCGUAAUCGAGUCGGGGAAAAGGAAAUCGUGUGAAACAAUACAAGACCAUUAAAUUAUGUGCCUAGAACAAUGAUAAAUAUAAAUGAACAAAUAAUAUCAAAACAGGAAGAAGAAUAUCAAGCAGAUGUAAUUUAGUUGGUUGACUCUAAUGUUGACGCCCCGUUUUUAAUUCAUUAGGAAAUUGUUAAAGAGGUCGUGAUGACUGAAAUGUAUGUUAAAAUUUCGUUUUAUGACACGCCUUUAAAGUUAGGUAUAUUUUGUUUGUUUUGUUUUUUUAAGAUAUUUUAUUCUAUUCAAACUGAAAAAAAAUUGUUUUCCUUAUUUCCAGGCUUACCAGCAGUGCAAAUUAAAAAACAUUCUGGAAUUGUGGCGAACCCUUGCUGUUGCGCGUGCAAGGUUUCUCUUAAACAACAAUGAGGUAUUUUUCUAUUAUUUCAAUUUGCUUUAAACGUUGCUUAUCUGUAACUUGGUCACUAAUAGAUUUGCUAACUUCUUUUAUUUUGUGUAUAUUUGCAACUUAGUAAACUGGACUCCUUUUGUAUUUUUCAUCUCUAUCGUUCUCAGGAUCCUUUUGAUCACGUUCCGGAGUGUUUUAAGGGUGAAAUGCCGAAGGCAGUGGUAACGCGCUUUAGUGGGGCGCUUAGGAGGAAAGUUGACGUACAUCUCUUCUUGACUAAAGUUGUUGAAGUCAUCUGUGUUAGUCUUGCUGAUGAGAAUGAAGAAACUGGGGAAAUGAGGUAGUGUGUAACUUUUUUAGAUAGCCUUCCUUUUUCGGACUUUUAUGAGAUCACCAUGUGUAAUCGAACUAGAGCCAGUCACGAUUAUAGGCUCUAUAUAAAAAUUGCCAUCUCAAACUGCGACAUAUAUUCUUUUUUUGUACGGAUCGUUAAUGUGUGGAAUAACAGUUUAAAUUACGAUAUGCAAAUAACGUUUUUGAUUCUAUUUUUUAGUUUUUAGAUUUUUUUCUCUGUAUAUAACGUUUUAUUACAUUCUAGAUUUUACAUUUGUUCUCUUCUAUUUUGGGGAGUCUUUUAUAUAGGGAUAACCUCUAGAUAUCCCCUUUCGAGAGAUAUUUUGUUUUGUUUUCUUUCUCUUUAAUAAACUAUUAUAGCGGGGCUCCCGCGCGCGCGAAGCGCGCGUGGGACAGAGCCCCAUACUCAUGGAAUAUGGUCAACCUCUUUUCGUUUGGUUGUCACGUGAUUGACCGAGCGUACGUACGUACAUACGUACGUACGCGUCUACAGAUUGUACGGGUGGGGUAGGGGAGACUAUCAAACGGAAGGGAGGGGUGUCUCAGGCGUGUCUUGGCAAGACCACAUCUUUAAUAUAGGAUUUUAGGACAUUCACAAUAUGGUCAAUUGACAGCUGUCAAAACAGGAUAGCCACUGACCAGUAUCCCAUGACCAUAUCGCGGGCUCAUGUGUCAACUCAUCGAGGUGACGUGAUUUAUUUGGAAGCUGUCUGCUGACCAGUUAAUUGUUUUACUAGUUAAACUGAUAAUGCACACAUAUUGGACAUCAAUGUUUUGAUCAAUUGACAGCUGUCAAAACAGGGUACCCGCUGACCAGUAUCACUUGACCGUAUCGCGGGCUCAGGUGUCGACCCAUCGAGGUCAAGUAUUUUUUUGAAGUUAUCCGCUGACAAGUUACUAGUUUUCAAGUGAUCGCAGGCUCAAGUUCAAGUUUUUUCUAAAUUCAUAUGAAAUAUGUUGUGUUUAUGUGCUCCACAAUUAAAAUUUUGAUUGCAAACUGACCUCGGACGCGAAAAUUCAGCCAGCUGUUACAGGCAGGGAAGACAGUUGCUUUUGACUUUUCUCACCAUGGUCACGCGUUGGUCACGCUCUACGUCCAAUUUUUAUGCUCUGAUUGGUCAAAAUUUGACAGGUGAGUUCAUGCGGAAAAUUUAUGCAGCAUCUUGAAUCUUGUUUACUUUAACAGCUGAAGCUGACAGAGUUUUGUGUCAACUUGUGAUGUUUUUAACUGUCUUUUUCCACUGGAUGUGCAAAAUGAAAUUCAGCUGCUAUCAGGAGUCCUCUGUUAUUCAUGGCUAGUUUGUUUAUUGGGUUUUUGGUUGAGAAAUACGUCGCUUGUCAAAGUCGGAAAUCCGAUUUCGGAUGGCAUCGUUUUUGUUUUCACCUUGCUUGAUGCGUAAGAGGAUUGCAAAGUCUGAAGCGAUACUGGCUUUUCUUGAUACCUUUCAGGAGCUGCAUCUCGAAUGGUAAGCCAGGGAAAUUAUUGUAUUUGAUGUUUGUUUUUUUGGAUCUAAUUUAAUGAAGUCGAGCGGAGUUUAUGCGGUCAUUUAGCUUAUGCACGUUUGUAAGAUUUGAGACAAUGAUCUGACCGAGUAUCAGGUUUGAUAUAAGCUUACAGAACUUUAAAGAGCCUUUAGACAGUUUCUCACCGCAAAUAGAAAGAAAACGUUCCAAAGAAUAUUUAGUUAUAAUUCUGGCCGGAAAAGAAAGCUUUGAGCGAUUUUCUUGCCUCGAGUUCGUCUUUGAAAAAAGCAAACACCGGGAAGCCGGCUUAAAACAUAAACUUAACUUGAAGCUUGAAGAAUCCGGAUUUUUAGGGAUACUUUAAUGCUUGUCUUCCUGAAUGAAAAUUGUUGUUUCUGUAUAUGUUUCACCGAAUUAUAUUUCUUUUAUUGAUUGUUAGUAGUCUCUUUUGUAAUUUUAAUCGCUGUGCCGAUUGUUUUCAGUCGUUCGGUGAACAUCGCUUGCAGGAGUACUCAAAAUGCCGCGCGUUAAUAAACCAUUAAAUAAAAAAUAAACAGAAUAAAUUCUUUAUAAUGUUGGAGCGUAACUCUGUUAUUGUUCAUUCAAACACUCGCCAAAGCUCGCACUACAAAAGUGAUUUUGGAAAUUUUUUUAACAGUUUAUGAAUAUUGAAUGAGUGCAAUUUUUAUUGUGAAAUACUGCUUUCUGUCCGAGGUCUGCCGGUAUGAUAAAAACAGUGCCUCAUACUACUGUUUCACCUCAGAUGUGAUGUAUAAAUGGUAUAAAAGGUUGGUUUACACGCACCCAGAUUUGUUGACAAGAUUUUGCAAAGUAAACUUGUCGAACGCAAAAAAGUUGGCCUGAUUUUUUUUUUCCACUAAUUAAUCUACGGUGAUCAAGAGCCAUUAUGGUUCUUAAAUGUGAUCGAAGAUGAUUACCAGUUUUUGGGUGUACAUAUGAGGCUAUCAACUCGAUGUAAGAUUUGGUUCACUCUUACUUGGGCUGUUUGCAAAUUAUUUUUCUCUAAAAUCAGGUAGCCUUUCCCUCAAAAGUCACACAAAUGUGCUCUAAAGUUAACUGAAUUGUGGAAUUCGAAUACAAGUUUAUUGUUUAAUUUAAAUUAUAAAUUUAUUCAUGGGAGCCUCGCUUUUAGCCCUGGCUAAAUCUAUAUAUUAUUGUAUUGUAUUUACCUUACGUUUAAAAUCAAUGAAAUAAUUGUUAUCAUCAUGCAAUCCUUGCGUGUAAGCCUUAAUUUUUAUUGGCUUUAGGAAUGUCUUUUUUUACGCUGGCACAAGUUGUACUUACUUUUAUGCAUGUUAGUGUGCCAUUCCGCAAACAAUGGUUUUGUCAUGAGAAUCAUGAGUAGGUGAAAUAUGAUUCUAUUGUCAAGUGAAGUCCUGAAUAGGGUUCUUUUUUGACCGUGACUCACCGCGUGUUUCCACAGCCUGUCCGGUAGGUCAUCUUCAGAGUCAAAGUGAGUUGUAUCACGUCAGUUGAUAUUUUGGAGCUCUCGUAAAUGACCUGUUUGGCCAAUUAAAUAGCUUUGUUAUUGGUGGCCUGUCAUUAAGGGCAUGAUGCCAUUGGCUUUGAAGACGCUGAGAGCGAGUGGUGCGUUUCGAUCACUCUUUUGUCAUAGGUCGUUUCAUUCAUUCUUGUCAGUUUUUGUUGAGUUUGCGGAGAAGUCGUUUUUAAGGUACUGGUAAUUGCUGACUUCGAUUCAGUGGCGUUUUUUUUCUGAUCUGUUUCCACUUUCUGACAGCUUUCAAUUGACUAUAAUAUGACUAUCAUUCAAGUAUAUCACCACAAAUUCACUGGGCGAGGUUGUGGUUGACGGUCACGUGACUAUUACUUCACUUCCAAACCAGUGGCGGAUCCAGCGGAAGGGGCCCGGGCCUCCCACUUAUUUUUAAAGCAAACUGAGGCCCGAGGGGCCAAAAAAAAAUGUUUUUCAAACCGCCUGCUCCCCCUUAGCUGAAGGUCUGGAUCCGCACCAUAAGUUACCCGUUUUUUUUUUCCAUUGGGCUCCACGCCACCGGCAAAGGCGUGUGGGGUUCCGUUAUUAUAUUAAAUGGAGGUUUUGGUCUACUAUUAAUAUAAUAAUGAAUGUUUUUGUUUUUACAUGUACGAAGUAAGCGUCUUAUUCUUAUUCCCGGAUAUUCCAAGAGUUGCGCGCCAGAGUUUGAAUUGAAUUUCUGAAGUUUAUUUAUUAAACAUAAUUUCACUAGGAAGUGCUAAAUAAGGUAAAUUCGCACUUAAUAUUUGUAACGCAAUCCUUACUUGUUAGCUGUGCUCACUUAUCAGAUUUCUUGUCAUAGCGGAGCCCCAUAGCUAAGAAAAUUUGGUUAUCUAUCCAUCCGAUCGAUAUUUGGUAGUCACGUGACCGUCCAUCGCUGACAAGUCAUUAGUUUUCAAUGAUUGCAGGCUCGAUUGCCGGUGGAUUUCUAUUUUAAUUGGUUACAAGUUUAUUGUUUGAAGUAAAUUAUAAAUUUAUUAACGGGAGCUUCGCCUUUAGCCUUAGCUAUAUCUAUAUAUUACUGAAGUGUACAAACCGUGUGCAAAUGCCAUACGCGCGAACUUUCCAUGAAGCAUUCUAACUCCAAUAAACGCACCUUAAAUUUAAACUACUGAUUCUUUCUACAGCCUAAGUGAGUACUUGGCGAGGUAUUUUGAAGAAAACGGGGAAGAAUUCCCGGGCUUGGAUGAAAUGCCCGAAAACGUUUCUGUCAAGCACAUGAUUCAUGCGUGGCAGCUUGCACUGGAACGUAGUGAGCAAGACGGACAGCGAAGAACAUCUAUGAUGACCUAAUUUUCGCAAACAAUAUAUAAUCGUUGUAAUGGCGGAUAAUCCAGUUAGAAACAGUACUGAUCGGCUCUUAUAGUAAAGUGGUAGAGGGACGAACACCUUGCUCAGCUUGUAUUCUGACAACUUACAAAUCAGCAUGUUUGGCUUGUCAAGUUAGUUAUAGCGGAAAGCGCAAGUGUUCAGCCUAAUGAACUUAGAAGUAAAUAUUUAUUUUUUCUUUUUUGUUUACGUUUUUUCAUUCUAAACAAUACAAUGGAAAUGCGUUUUCAUAAACGUUUAAUAGUGGCUUGGUAGAAAUAAAAAAAAAAUCAUGAUGGAAUUAAUUGGAUAAUCAUAAAAUGGAAUGAAGUUUUUCAAAACUGUUUAAGCUGUUAGGCUUUCAAACUUUAUCUUUGUGAUUUUUAAUUUUUACAAAGAGUCGAUUUUUGACUUAGAAGUAUUUUUCCGCUAAUGCUAAGUUUCCUAGAAUGUAAUUUACGAAUCUAAACAAAAUGGACUAAACUGCCUUGACACAGUUUCAUUAAACUCGAAAUUUUGAAAAAUUCAAGAGUUCUGCUCAAAGAAAAAGUAGCUCAUGGUGGAUUAAGUAAAUGGGCGUUCUUUGCCUUUUUGUUUAUUUUCAAUAAAUUUAGCGUUUUUUCCUCACACUCAUUUCUCCUAACGUAAUAAAAUGUUCAGAAUACAAAUAUG